AUGUCGACGCCAUGGGAACAGCUGAUCAGCUCGACGAUGACGCCGACCACCGCGGUGGCGGUCAAGUUGGCCGUCACGGACGAGCCGCCGGAACCGACGGAUCCUAACGGACCCGUGCUGCCUGGUGAUCCGGUGGCCGACGGCACCGGCUGCGGUACCAGCGGUGGCAUAUUCGGAACCCUGCACAGACACAUACCCCUACUGUCCAGGCUGUCGCUGAACAAGACCGACAAGACGCACUGCAGGUCAGUCCUGAUGUUCCUACCGGUUAUGUCCUUAUUCCUUUUUUUACACAUAGUUAUGCAUUGUCCGUUCACGCGUAUCCGACAGGAUAUCCGGAUCAGGGUGUCCGUCUCCGCCCCGAGUAGUUUCAAGAGGCUUAGUUUACACUUAUUUUUAUAUCCGGUUGUGUAUAAUUUUGUACGCGGUUUUCAAUCUUCUAUCUGAAUUAUUUUGGAAAGUAUUGACUUAUUUCCUUAUCUAACACAUAAAGUAUUUGAGAAUUGUCUCAUAAAAUAAUUUCGGAAAACCUUAAUACUUUUCCGACAUAAUAAUAUAGACGAAAAAUAAUAAUAAUAAGAUUGCCUUAUGAAAGACUGAUCAGCAUGCGUAUUACAAUCUGUUCGACAAACGUUCCAGUCUCGAACAGGAAAUCGGUGACCGACAAUUUAUUUUUGUCCUCGGGAAAUUCAAAAAACUGAACGCGCUUUGAUCAGAUGUACAUUUAUAAAAAAAUAUAUGAACAAUUCCUCGUUCAUUCGUAUUUUAGUUUACCCGGUCAUACUGACGAAAUGGACCUCUGUAAAGGGACAAAUUACCCGAAUUUCGAAAUCACCUAUCAAUGACCCUACGCAUGAUUCAAAAAAUAACGAUUUUAUCACGUGUCCCCGGUUUUUGUGGGGGAAAAUAGAUAUACUACUAUAACGACUUCCGGAACAUAAUUUAUCAAAUCUCACGAUCCUAUUUACAAAUGGAACAUGAGAGUGCAGUAAAAACCACUAGGGUCCAGGGAAACAACAAAAAUGGUCCAUUUAAUUAUUUAAUUUUUUUUUGUUAGUAUAUUUGUGUCAAUAAGUAAGUAAAUUCUAUUGAACAAUAAAUAUAAUAUCCGUAUACAAGGGGGAAAUAUAGUGGUGGGUAUUUAAAAAGGGAGCGGAUGAUUGAUGGAUCGGCCUCUUUUUGGGUUUUCGUGUCUUUUAUAUAAAUACUACUAAUAUUAGUACCCUAUUGACCAAAAUAUAUUGUUAUAGUUACAUUGGAUGUAUAAAUUAUUGGUAUUUAAAUAAACAUUUAAAAUAUGAAACAUCUUUUGCAUACACAUUGUUGUAAUAGAGGAGAAUUUUGAACAAAAACAUGCUUGAAAAUAUUUAAUGGGAGCGAUUAUAGACAACUUUUUCAUUUAAAACCGCCACAAUUUGUAUAUUUAUCGUACUGAUUAAAGUUAUAAAUUUCCAAAAGGGAUUUAAAGUCUGUGCCCUCUCUGUCUGGAAACUAGAAUAUAACCAACAUGGAAGGAAAAUGUAGAGGAAUGGUAAACUUUAAAAUCUAUCAUUUUCUCGAAAUUCUUAAGAUUAUAUUCCUUUUCUUUCUCUGUGCCGUUCAUAAUAUUAUAUUAUUAUCAGUUUACCUAAUCUAAAAUUGUUGAAUGAAUUAGCUUUAAAUUGAUUGCGGAGCUUCUGACAUAUUAUUGUAAACGUAUACUUAUGCUAAUUCUGUAAAGCUCGUGAAGAUUCUUUUUUGUUUUUAUAGACGUAUUAUAUGUCUACAUGCCUACUGUUUCUGUCAAAACAGUACUAUGUAUCUCCAAAAAUAUAAAAAAUGGGUUAUAUACAUAAAACUUAAUAGAAAAAAAAGGCACGUAAUUCAGUAUAAAUACCACGUAAAACCACAAAAUCCAAAGAGAAUAUAAACGUUGAAACAUCAUUACAUAAAUCUGGUAUCAAUAUAUUAUUGUUAAAAUCCUCGUAAUACCUGGUUAUCAUUUUGUGAAAUCGAAAAGUGUAAAAUACAAAACAUGUUAAUAAACUGUUGUCUAACCAUAUUAAAUCAUUAUCCGAGUUUAAUUUUAAAAUAAAUUUUUUGCUUUGCGUUUCCUUAAAAAAAUAAAUACUUUUUGGAGAUAUGAGGUACUGUUUUAACAACGAAGAUAUAUUUACAGAUGUAGGUUCAUAAUAUUAUCACAUAUUAAACCCAUUUCUGUCAAGUUAUUCGCAAUUUGACAAUCUGUCGUAUAGACAGAUUGUAGAACUGGAAACUUAUCUACUUAUAUGUGUGUGUAUGUGUGUGUGUGAUUUAAUUUACAAAAUAUCGAUGACACUGAUGAUAGUAAAGCAUUACAAUAACAAUUGCUUGAUUUAUUUUUUUUUUAUUUUUUUUUAUCAUUAAAUUACAUCUAUAUAAUAUUAUCAGUGUUUUUAUGACUAUUACAAAUGGAAUAAAAUAAUAUUAUUUUCUCUUCUUUCUCUCUCUCUCUCUUUCACACACACACACACACACACACACACACACACAUACAUAUAUAUAUAUAUACCUACAAACAAAUGGCGAGGUAAUUCUUAUUAAAAUUAUAUGAAGUCAAAUUGAAAAAAAAAAUGAUACAAAUUGUACGUCCUUACUUUUUGCGAAAAGGUUGUCUGUAAGGACAAAAUAUAUUAUUAUACAAUUUUUUUUUUUUUUUUUUUUUUUUAUCAAAAAACAUAAUAUUGUAAUUGCAAUAGUCAUGGCGAUAUAGAUCUAUAAUAGAUAUGCCAUAUCACGCUUUUUCAUUCUCUUAUUCUUACGGCCUUUACAACUUUCCCUGAGAGAUUCCGUCGCUAAAACAUUAUGUCACCUAUAUCAGCGUUUUGGACCACACGUCUCUCCAGUUUUCCGUUCUCAGAUUUCUUGGAUUCUCUUUGAGAACGUCGAUCCAUUUUUUCCUGUUUUAAAACUUAUUUAUAUUACAAUACUGAUAAUUUCACUUAUAUUAAUUUGGUACAUUUGUAUAAUAAUAACUACCUAUAUAAUCAAUCUGGUCAAUCUUAAUUUUAAAAUUAUGGAUUUAAUGAAAAUUAAUAUUUGAAUUUUUAUUUUAUGUUUCGUAAUUUUUGAAUUAUUACAUAUGAAUAAUAGGUAUGCUGUUAUAGCGUUUUUGUUCAAACAUAUUUUUUUAUGCAGAAACUAGCAAGUCAUCAUAAGAUUUGAAAUUCGUUUUCCAGAUAAUUAUAAAUGCUUAAGUAUCUAUGUACGCGUAGUAAAGAUUUUAUUACUUUUUAAUGCACAACGCUGUCUACUAUCAUAAAUGUGCGCAAAAGAUGUAUGAUUUUAGUCACAGAAUGUUUCUCGAUUUUAAAGUCAAUGACCUUAAAAAUAUGUUAUUUAGACAAGUUUUUUCUUUAGUUAAAAGCUUAUUAGUUGUUUAAAUAAAGUAUUGACCUAUCAAAUAUAUACACGCACUUAUAAAGACACACACACACACACUUAAAAAUGUAUAAUAUUUUAAAAGUAUUUUUACUUUAGUAUAUCUCAUUAGGUAUUUUUGAUCAGCUGACAACAACUUAUUCAAAAUUAAUUCGACAAAAUCAUUUUACCUAUAAAUAUUAAAUAUAAACAUAAUUAAAUUCGGCUAUAUCCUAGUUUGAGUAAUAUUCGUAAAAUAAAUUAUGAUUUUCGGGUGAUAUUAAUAAUUACGUAUCAAAGUAAAUACAUGAAAAAUAAAAUAAUUAAUUAGUAUUCAACGGUACGUUUAAAAUUAUUAACUAUAUAAUACGCUUAAAAAUUUUACCUUGAUAUAUUGUACAUUGCAAACGAAUAUAAUUUUUUACGUUUUACGAAAAACGUAUAAUACCUAGUUUUAAAAUUUUGUAUCGUGAAUUAAAUUGAGUGAUAAACUCAACGAAAAAUAUUAAUACUGUAAACAGUGUAAAUCGAAAAUUAGUUUCCUUUUACCUAUUAUACAUUAAAUAUAGUUGGUAUAGGUAUAUGAACGCCUUUUGGCAUAAUUUGCAAUUAAACAAUAAAUUACACUUAUAUUAUAGUCGGGUUAUUAAUGUACGUAUUAAAAUCAAACCCGUUUUAUCUUUAUUUAAUUUUUUUUACAUACCUAUAUAUAUAUGUAUACAUAUAUCCGUUUUAAACACAAUUCAAACAUUUAAGUUGUUUUUUUUUGUAUUAUAAUAUAUGCUUUUUGUAUGAUUAAAAAAAAAAAAAAAAAAACAGUACUAAAUUUAAUAUAGUUCAUUUUAAUACGGCGACAACAUUGAAAUAUUCAGAUAUAUAAAUAUAUUCGUUAUAAAUUUAUAAGUAUUAUAUAAUAUAAAUCACACGAGUAUACUAGACGUAAUAAUACAUUAUUCUUAUUAUUGUAUAUUUCUAAAGAAAAAAAAAAAAAACGCUAAAAAAUAGUAUUUUAUACGAUACACACGCGUACAUUACCUAAUUUAUGACGAAAAGACGAUGGACCAUCAAUAUUUGUUAAGGACCAAAAUAAUAGAUACUCAUAUAAUUUGCUCGUGACGUCGCGUUGUUUAUACUCGAGCAAAAAUAACUACCUAUGUAAUAUUAUUAUUUUUUAUAUAUAUUAUAUAUUACAUAUAGUAUAUGGUCUACACAAUUCAGCUGAAAAUAAUAGAAUUUUUAUCAUCAUAUUUGGCUAAACUAGCCACAAAAAAGUGGGUACUAUAAUUUUACGAUUUCUAAUUUGUUUUUUUUUUUUUUUACGACGACGACGACGACAAAAUAUCAUACGGUUUUGUUUUGUUUACAAAAGAUAUAUAAAUUGUUUUCGAUCAUUUUAUUUUUGUUUUAACAACUGCAGUAAGUUGUUUCACAAUAUGAUCAUCGAUGUACGCCACUAUAUUGUAUCAAAAUUAUUAAAAGAAACACUAAAAACAUGGUUGGUUCAAAAACAUAAUUUAUUUUUGAAAUUACCUUUGCCGUUCCUUCUGGAAAAAGCCUGCGAAUGCUCAUAACAAAAAAUGAAACUAUCGAAUGUUAUCGCAAGUUUUACCUCUUAUUGGAUACCGGUAGAUUUUUUAAAAAGACGACGGAAUAUUUCAAAAAAAAUCGUAUAUAAAUAUUUUAGUAUACAUUAGGAUUUGCUACUUAUUAUCACUAUUAUUAGUCAAUAUGCUUAUACCGGGUUGCAUGAAAUUAUAGAACGGAUAAGAACAGGCUAUCGGUUCUGUAAAAUUAAAAUCCGUUCUGCAAAAUUAAUAAUCCAAUAGUUGGUACAGUUAUCCAAUACUUCUGAGCUGAUUUCAGUUCUGUACAAUUUUUAGAACUCUUUAACCAAAAAUAUUCUGUGGAAUUGUGAAUAAUUUCCUUGUCAUAUAAUUAUAAUUCUGUUAUCAUAAGAAAAUGUAAUUUAAUUCAUCGACGCGUUCUUCAGUGUAAGGUGAUAUAAAAACUACAAAAUAUCUAAUAUAAUUUUAGUUUUGUCACUAUCAUCUUCAUCAGACAAGUAUGACGAUGAUAUGAUGAUUUUUUAAAUGUUGAUUAACCAAGGUCGAUUUAGAAACAGAUCAAAUGCUCUUGAUUAAGACUACUAUGGUUUGGAUGUAGAACGUUCGAGUACGUAAAUCUUAUAUGGUAAGAUAUUAGGUUAUUAUGGUAAGUAUAGGUAUUAUACAAUACCUAUACAUGAAUAAACCGUUUGGGCCAUAAGCGUACACAUGGGGGGAGGGGGGGAGGAAUUAUGAGGUUAACUUUUCUUAUUGGCCGUAUUUAUACUCCGUGUUAUAAAAUCUGUUGAUUUUCAAUCCAUGUGUGUUUUUUUUUCCGUUUGUAAACUGCUUUUCGAAAAGAAAUUUUUUUCCGAUGUAUAGAGUGAAGCACCUUUACUGAAAGGUAAUUUUGUCUAGUUGGAGCAUUAAAAAGGUGAUUUUUUGAUUUUCCAAAGAGUUUUUAAAAUAAUUAAGAAAAACCCGAAAAAGAAAAUUAUAGGUAAAAUGGUAAAUAUUUAUGGCGCGUCGCGUCGUUACCGAUUUUAUUGUUUUUAAUUUUUGUCACUUAUAUUUUCUACCAGAAAUAUUGCUCCCAUCGAAAAAUUACAAAUUUAGUAGUUUUUUGUUAUUAAAAUUAUAUAUCACCUAAGAGAAAUGCUUGAAAAUUUAAUGAAAGGUACAUUAUAAGUUGUACUUAUCGAUUUUAAGAUCAAAUAUUGAUAAAAAUCGUAAAAAUUAUGGCAUUCUAAAUAUGUCGUGCUAAAUUUUACUCAGAAUCAUUUUUCAUAGUCAGUGGUUUGCGUACAGAUAUAAAAAUAAUCGUUUCAUAUCACUGUUCCUAUAAUAUUAUAUACGAGAGUUUAGAUUAUUAAACACUUUUGUACGUCUAUACGAGUAUACGUGAUUAUAAUAUGUUUUUUUUAUUAUUAUUAAAACUAAGAAAUUCCCAGCUAAGUAGCUAUCUAAGUCUACUAAUGUGCACAUACAAUUUUUUUUUAAGAUUUUUUUCUAAUAAUUGUACGUAAUUACGAUAUAGUAUAAUAUUAAAGUAAUAACAUAAAUUAGACAAUUAUGUCUGGAAUACUAUAAUGUAUUUGUGUGUGUAAAUAGUAUUAUUAUCUCACUGGCGUACCUGGGAAUUUUUAACGGGAGGGGAUAUAGUAAAUAUAAUAAUCAAGAUUUAUGAGUAAAUAGUAAUACCAUCUUCUGUCAUACACGUAUACUUAACUGGACAAUAAACAUUUAAAAGCAGGAUCCAUAAGCAAAGUCAAUUUUAAUUUUUCAUCGAUCUUUUUCCCUCGCAAUUUGACUUAAAUAUAUUAUAUUUUUAAGAUAAAAUUACUUAAUAAAUACUCAUACCUAUACUUGUUGUAUUUUUAAAUGAAUAGAGUGGCCGCACACAUCACUGGAUUUAUUACGAUAUUGUAUAAUAGUGUUGUAUAGCAUAUAUCAAGGUAAUGAUGCCGAGUUCUUUAAAUAUUGAUGGUUCAAAUGAUAUUAAUUUUGAACUCUACUGCCCACUAUUACCCACCCACCAAGAGGCGAACAAAGGAGGGGGGCUAUGGAAGUAAAAUCCCCAUAACAUGUAUAUACUUUAAAAUUAUAAUUUUUAAUUCCUAAUUUUACCCGUCCACCUACCAGCACAUUAACCAAUAAUUAAUAAAUAAUUAGUGACUUUUUAAAAAAUAUUGAUUAUUAAUAAUUUAUUAGAGUAGAUUAUGUUAUUUUAUUAAUCUUUUUAAUUGCAAUAAAAAAUUAUACAGUAUGUUUCAAAAGUCUUCAUCAGAUUUCAAAAAUGUAUAUAUAUUUUAAAAAUGAAGUAAGAAGUAUUUUUAAAAUAAUUAAGUUUUAAUUAAUUUGGUUAACAAAUGUUCAAUAUGACCCCUACAGGCCACCUGACAUACAUCUAUACGGUACUUAUUCAAAUUCAUCCCAAAUAAGGUACGAGGUCGACCUGAGCGUUUCUGUACACACAAACAACCAAUUUCUUGGAACGUUUAAUGCCAAUGUCGAAUGCUUUGAGUAGUUGAGGCUUCAGUUCCAUGAGUUCUUCGAAAAUCAUCUUGAACAAUUAUUCUCGACUUGCAUUGAUUGAAACGGAGGACGCAAAACGCCUAUGCGGCGUUAGGUUAGGACGGCAGUUGACUAAUAAUUACAGAAUUUAUCAGUAAUAUUACUUAAUAUAAACUUAUCUGUCUCGAUUGGUAAAUUAUAUCAAUUCGUAAUCGGAUGAAGACUUGAAACACGUAUGUCACCAUCCACCCACCCACUCUUAAAUUUAGGUGAUUCAUUUGAACCACUUGAAGUACGUAUUCUGCGCUCCUAGUAUCAAGGAUCGGCAUACAGUGUUAUUAUAUAUAUAUUAUAUACAUAUGUAUGUAUGAACAACGUAUAUAUAAUACCAUUAUAAUAUUAUAAGGACAUUUGAUUUUUACUGCAAACUGAUUCUUUUUACACGAAUUGUAAUUUGUAUAAAUUAAAUUUUUUUUCAUUUCCGUUAAUCCGCUGACGAGAGUAAUCCACGUUAAAGUUUGGGUUGGGGAAGAGUAGCGGAGCAUAAUUUAUGUGGCGGCACAGUGCCCGGAGCUCCACUACUCUCCCUCUGCCUAAACUUAAAAGUGAAGUAUCUCGUUAACGGAUUGACGGAAAUGAAAAAUUUAAACACUAAUAUUCCAUAUAUUUAUAGCAUUUUUAAUAUAGGUUGUUAUUUGAAAAUCAAAAAUAGGCAGUCGUUUCACCCCCAAAAAUAAUGAUAAUGUAACAUUUUAUAGCAGAAUGUUUCUUAAUUUGUUUUUUUUUAAAAAAAAAAUGUUUAAAAGAGUUAAUAUAUUCCGGGAUAAUGAGUAUCUUACAAUCGAUUGAUCACCGCGUAUAGUAUUUUGUAAUAUUAUGAGUUCAAGUUAUCUAUAUGCGUGAAUAUGAAAUUACUAUUAACUUUUCUUAUUGCUUCUAUACUGUCUACACAGUCUAAAUUUUAAAAUAUCUAAUAAAAUAAUAACCAAUUAACGAUAUUAUCACAAUUGUCUCUAAUUGAAUUUGAGUUUUUAAAAAAAUUGUGUGUUACUAUUUUGAAAAUCGAAAGUUGAUAUGUGUAGUGUGUAUCUAUACGGACUAAGGAUAAAAUGUUGAAAACCUAUUUUAAAUAUGAGUGCAUUAAACGCGAUUCUGUAGAUAAUUAUUGAGAAAAUCGAAUUAACUCAAAAUCUCCGUAUAUAUAUAUAGAUAAUGGCCGUUUCUAUUAUGAUAAAUGAAUUAGCCUGUUUAUGAAAGUAUCGAAAGUAUAAUAUUAUUAUAAUAGUAUUCCGAUGCGUUAAUAGUAAUUUGUCUCCCUCUCCCAUUGAUAAUUAUUAACAUAAGUUAUAUAGAAAGUUCAUAAUAUUAUGCGUUUUAUUUAUUUAUGAUGUUACGACGUUAUUAGGCAACGAUUAUAACCGAUACAAAAUUUAAAAAAAUAAAAUGUAAAGGAUAACCUAGUAAAUUCGAAUAAAAACAUAGCAUAACAGACAGUUAUAGAGAUCAGAGUUAUCACUGCACUUGUAUAUGAAUGCUAUUAAAAUCAAUAUAUACGAUAUUUAUAAUGAUAUUUUAAUACAAAUUGUCAAAGAUUAUAAUAUAUAGUUACAGAUUAUAUAAUCUACAUGAUUACAGUUUAUGCGGUUAUUUAUGAACGUUGUAUUCAUAAAAGUAUUAUGUGUAUAUAGGAUGUAAUUCUUAUAUAUUCUGGACAGAAUGAAUGUUCAUUUUUCUAUCGAUAGAACGUGUUAAAAUAUACACAUUUUCGGAUAGUUGAAGUGUUUCGGAACUUGUUAAUACUCUUAUACCUAUUUAUUUGCCCCUAGAAAAUUGUUUUAUCUAUAAUAGAUCUGUAUUUUGGUAAUAUCGCUUUCUUUUGCUGCGGUUUUUCAUUCAGACACGGACUUAGAAGAUAACGGUGGGUUUUUUGAUGGGUUCGAUUCUUUACUGUCUGCAGUUUACAAUGAAUACGAUUUUACCUAUUUUAUAACUAAUAAUACAGUUCAUCUAAAUUGUAUAGAGUAACUGAAAAUGAAUAAAUGUUUUUCAUAUAAUCGUUUGUGUAUAGAAGAGAAUUUCACAAUUAUAUAAAAUUAACAGUCUGCCCAAAUGUUAUCGGUUAACCGAAUCGAUUUCCCAUACGUUCAAUUUUAAUUUUAAACAAUAAUGAAAUAUAUCAGUUUGCUCUCGCUUGUGGCUCAUCCAAAACUGCAAUAUAUGUAAUAUUCAAGGUACACAAUAAUGUAUACAUUACUAUAUACAACUUAUAAAUCUGGUGAAUUUCACUUUUUUUAUUUGUUUUCACAACUCUAAAUGUUAUGACAUUUCAAGUUAGAUAAUUUAUUUGAUGUUUUACAAGCAUAUGGAGUAUUUAUAUAUCUUGUUUAUCCUUGUGAUUCUGCUAUACUAUAUGGCCAACUGCCUCGCACUGCAUAAUUUCUUUUUUUCUUGUAUAGAAUUUUCAAUUGUAUUUUAUCAUUGUACAAUAAAUUUCAGCACACGGGACCAAUAGUUUAACUGUACACCUGCCUUAGCACGUCUUCACGAAUAAUAAUAUUAUAAUAGUUUUAUUCUAUCAUCAAUAUAUAAGAUGUUUAUUGUAUACAUCGCAAUACAAAUAAUAUCAAGGCACUUGUUCUUUUUUUUUUCUGCACACCAUACAGCGUAUGAUAUUAUUAUCUGAAAUAUUUUAGUUUUUAGUAAAUGUUUGUAUCUAUAUUAUGCAUGUAUGCUUAUUGUUGAUUAUGAUCUAUGAAGUAAAACUAAAAAUAAAGUAUAUAUAUAGGUUUUAUAUUUUUAUAGCAUCUUAAGAAAAUCGAUAUUUUUAAAUUUUUAUUACGAAUUACGAUUACGUUAUUUUUGGUUGAUUCUCAAACCUAUUGAUUCCUAUAUAUAUAUAUAAAUCGAUAUAUUUAUAUGUAUAACGCGAACUGUCUACGGUACUUGGGCAAAACUUCAUAGUUCUGCGUUUGCCGGGACAAACCUAGUUGUGACCAACCUCAUUCAAGCAAAUCUCUAACAUUAAUUUCGUAACGUAAAUUUCAACCUUUCACAGUAGGUAAGUAUUAUGUUAAUAAUAUUACAAUAUUUACUCUCCUCAGUAAUAAAUUGGUUCUUGCACGAAAAUAUCUAGUUUUCGACAUAUAGUGACUAUAUAAAAUAAACAUUUGGUAAACCUUAGCUAUUUUUGUUGUAAGAUUUUUUUUAAAUAUAUUAAUUUAUUCGAUUUAUUUAUUUAUAAAAUAAAUGUAUGGACGUUACAGAUUUGCCCAAAUGAAGUUGGUCACAACUAGGUUUGUCUAGGUAAAAGCCGAAAUAUGACGUUUUGCCCAAAUAUCGUGGACACUUCGUGUUUCUGAGAUUUGCCAGAUUUUGAUAUUUGCCCAUAACAUAUAUAUACCUUAGAAAUUGAUAAUGAUAGUUAAAGAUUGGACCUAAGGGAGUAAUGUGGAUAAUUGAAUAGUGGCUUUUCCAAAAAUUUCUAAUAGGAGAGGAUGCAGAAAAUAAUAAAUAUGAAUUAAUUAUAAAAAAUCUUAUUUCCUGCCCAACUGGCAAUUUAAAAGUCGGUUCCGAAAAACCAAAUUUUUCUUGUAAUUUUAGUGAAAUUUAUACGUACAUUUCAAUACUAAAUAAAUACAUAUAUCUUUUGUAUUUUUAAACCAAUAGGAAGGGGGGAAUGAGACAUUAAUCUACCUCCCCUGCACACACCAUUGCACGUAUAGUAUUUUAAUUUUAAUUCGCAUUCGGAAAAAUUUCAAUCGACUGAAUGUUUAAAAUAUUGUUCGUUUUUAAAGGACAAUAUUUUAUAUUAUUAAUGCAGCACAUUAAUAAUAAAUUUAACGUUUGACGGAAGAAUUAGGAGACCAUCACAGUGAAAUUUAACCUCGUUGGCCCCGUCAUCAUCAGAUAAAAUAUAAUAAUAAUACGUGGUUACGGAUGAUGAGUGAUAAGUGAUAGAGUAAUAAUAGGUUUGUGACAAUAACGUGUGUACAUAUUAUAUAAUAAUACAUAUAAUUAUUAAUCACGAGUUUACAUGGUUUGCGCCCUAUCCGGUUUCUAGGUAGAUAGAUCAUUUUUAAAUACUAGGUAGGUGUAGAACGUCUAUAUAGGUAUAGGUUUAUUAUGAUAGCUCCGACCUAGAGAAAUGAAAGUUGAUCGUUUUUUUUUUACUUAAAUGGAUCAUAAAGGAUCUAUAGAUAAUUUGUUUUCUUAUUAUUAUUCAUAUGUUGUUAUGUACCGCAAAACCUAUAGUAAUUAACAUUGUUUUCAAUACAUUAUUAUUUAUUAUACAUUUAUUGUGAAAUGUGUAGAUUUAAUUUUUUUUGUACGUACCUAUAUGUAUGCUUUCAAAACACGAUUAUCAUUCGAUACGACAUCUAUAGAUUAUAAAUUAUAAUAAUAUAGUGUGUUUGAUUUUCUAACCGUGACGAAUACCGAACAGAAUAAACCAUUUCGAAUGACUCGUAUAUAAUAUUUCAAGUUUUUAGUUACAUCGGGGAUUAAAACAUUUUUUUUGUUUUCAGAAAUUACACCGAGAAAACAAAAAUAUUUGAAUGAAGUACGCAGUAAAUGAUUGAUUAUCAAAAUUGUGCACUAUUGCGGUUUACAUCACAUUAAAUAUUAAACUACUGCAGUAAACAAUAUGUAUAGAUAAAUUGAAUUAGGUAUAAAUGUAAAAAAUAUUUAAAAAAUUAUUUAUCGAAUUAAUUCUAUUUUAUCGUCAUCCGUUUAUCCGUUAAAUUAUAAUAAUCAUUUUUUUUUUUAUUCGGUAAAUAUGUCGAUUUUGUUAAAUUUCUGAAAUUUUUAACAACAUUUUAUCUUCAAUAUUUUCCUACUUACACGUAACGUAAAUUAUUGUUAUCAUUAAAUUUGUGCCCAGUCGGCCUAUAUCUAUUUAAUGAAAGGUCUUUGGUCUCUAUAGUCAUGAGAAAUUCGAGAGAUAACCGAUGUAUGGCUCGUAUAUUAUAUGUUUUUUACAUAAGUAUAUACGUCGGUACAAAAAAUAAAACGUAUUGUUCAUUCAGUUGCGGUUCUUUCGUCGAUCUCAAACAUAGUUGUUAUAACUCGAUAAUAAUAAUAUUCAAUUUUCAUUAUUUUACGUAUAUUACAACGUUAUUUCCAUAUUAUUAUAGUACCUAUCUACCUACCUAAGUAUAUACGUACAUGAUUGACGUUGAAUAAAAUGGUUCACGCAAUAUCCUAAGAUAUGGAUGGAUCUCAGUAAGUUUAAUUUUUCCGUUUUAUUGUUUAAAAAUCUUUUAUUUUUAAAAUUGUUUUUCAAACAAGUUAAUUAAUAAUUGUAUAUUGCUUAGCGUAGAUUGUCUAAAUGUAUUUUUCUUUCGUCGAAAUUCGGUUUCAAAGUAGGGAGGGAUAAUGUUUCAUUUGAAAAAAUCCUUGCAAGCCGUUGUCAAAAAUUACUUAAAUUAUAUUUGAAUGUAUAUUGUACAUGCAAUUUUGGCGCGACUGCAAUUUAGGCACCAGUAUUAAAUUAUAACGUAUGUUUUACAGGAUUAUCAAUAUGUUAUGUAGAUAUUUGUUUAAAAAUCAUAUAAUUUUCUGGUUUCAGAAAUGUGGACCGCGUCAAAUGUAACGGCCAACCUCAACCAACGUGAGUGCGCUUUCAAUUGUUUUUUUUGCAUUUUGCAUUUUGUCAAUAUUGUCUUACGCGUGCAAAAGUGAUGAAUUUAUAGACUGGCUUAUCGUCUUCUCGUGUCCGCAAUUGUCAAAGAAAAAUAUGUUUUCUUCUUUUAACAUUCACACGCUGUUCUUAUACCUUGUCUUAAAAUUCCGGUGAGCUCACAUAUUUGCUAUUGCGAUAUUUUUGACAAAAAAAAUACAAUUAUAAUAAUAAAAAGCUUAUGAUUUUGAUAAUAAUAUUAUAAACUUUGUUCAUAGUGACAAAUUUGACUAGUUAAUGAUUCGCAACAAAACAAGUACCUACUAUACUACUUAUUGUGUGUUUGCCAUAUUUUUUUAGUAGAGUACCUGUAUGCUUAAUCUACGCGUUUUUUAAAAAUUAAAUUAAAAAUAUAUUUUUAUUUCGUACGGGCGAGCGGUGAACAUUUAACCGUAUAUUAUUAAUAAUUUAAUGAACAUACACUGCAGCAGGCGCAUGAAAUAACUUAGGUAGGUAGGUAUACCCGUGUACAGUUUUAAAACAUGUGUCAAUAUGUAUACUAUGUAUACUGAUUAUUUAACAGUUUUAAUUUAAGUAAACCAGACGAAAAAAAACCCAGCAUAUGUUUUUUCCUAUACGAUUUAGGUCUUGAAUAAUUGCGUUCGUACAACCAUUGAUCGUUUAUUUAUAUAAUAAAGUCAGAGGUACCUAUCUAUGUUCUAACAAUAAUCAUAUACUAGCAUGUUAUCUUAUUAUGUUACCACAUUUUUCUACCUGUUACAUUUUAUCAACAAUAAUAUUAUUCCACAUUCCACAGUAGUUAUUUUGUAACUGUAUAACUAAUGUAAUGUACAUUUAUGUUUUUUGGUUUUGUAAAUUUUUUUAAUGAAUUGUUAAGUUUUUUUUAUUGUAUUCCGACUAGAAAUAAUUAACAUUUAUGCCGUUUGUUCUAGCACAAACUAUUGCUUAUAUUAAUAUAAAUAUUGGAUCGGAUUUUUAACAAUAUUAAUAGUGUUGAAUUUGGAAGGGUUUCGUAAAAAAAAAAAAACAAGUCAGGAAAGUUCACUCUAUAAACAUGCUAAGUUUCCGGUUUCUAAGCAUGUUUUAAACAAUGAACUAUAUAAUUGCAUACACAUUUUUGAAAACUUUAGUAACCUAAUAUAUUAUGCUUAUGUAUAUAAACCUAAAUAGAAUACAAAUCUUAAUUUGUUAAUAAUUAUUCUUAAUUAAUUAUUAAGAAUUAAUUAUUCUUCUUCUUUGUGUUUGCCUUCAUCCCAACCAUUUGGGGUCGGGUAUCCUCGUUUGUAAUAUUCACCUAUUUUGUUAAUAUUUGACAGGACAUUUGUAAAAUUCUUUAAGUGUUACUUGUAAGUAUUAUAAUUAUAUAUUUUUUUAGAUUCUAAACGAAGUGAGAAAUCCGUUGGUCUUACUAUGAUAUAUGGUUAUUAUUUUAUUUUAUCUUUCGUUGAAAACAUUUUCUAUCAAAACUCUUACUCCAAACAAAAAAUGACAAUAAGGGACGGUCUUUGUAUAAUUUUGGAUGUAGUUAGUGAAUUUUUGGAUUUUCCAAUUGGCUUUCACAGUAAUUGGGAAAAAUUAGAAAAAAACAUUUUGUAAAACAGAUAAAUAUUGAUGUAAUAUCCAAAUACUACUUAUUUUGGUGGUUCUCGACUGGAAGGAGUCACAGAAACUGAAUUACACUAAAGGAGGAAUCCAUGUUAUGAGUUGAAAAAUUAAUUAUAGUUUGAUGUCCUUAGUUAGAAUUUGUAUUUGUUUUACGGGAGUGUUUAAAUAUUGUUUAUUGGAAUUUUUACUUUUGAUGAGUUAAUUUGACUGGUGAGUGAUGAAUCUUGUGAAAUUAUGGGUAGGUCCAGUAACAGAUCUAGAGUUUCACAACUGUGGGUCAGCUAUUUUUGAGAGGCUACUUUUUAGUGUCAUUAAUUAGGACUAAGGACACACUCAGGAAUUUUUUUAAGAGAGGAAGGUCUAAAUAAAAUUAUUUAAAAUCACCCGUUAUGGCUGUUAUAAAAACAUAUUAUAUUAUACAGACAUAAUAUUCCGAAUACUUUUUAAAAGGACGCCACAACCGCAUUUACUGUCCCCGUCUUACAAACACGUGACAUAUGACAAAUUUUGUGCUGUUAGUUUUAACAUUAUAGCAAAUUGGCUUAUAACUAAAAUUUAAGGUAAAAAUAUUAUAUGUGCCCUAGCGUUGAUUUUUUUUCGAUAUUUUAAUUUUUAAGCAAGAUAUAAUCAUUUUUCAAUUGUGAUAUUUCCACAUAUUCAUACCUCGUUUAAAAAUAAAAAUAUCGAAAAAUCAUCAAUGCUAGGGCACACAUCACCUUUAAUUUUGGUAAUAAAUCAAUUUACUUGAAUAUGGAAAUUAAGGGUACGAAAUUUGCUCUACUGAACACAGAUUUGCUGUCUCGCAUUUGUAAGACGGAGACAGUAAAUGUCGUAUAAAUAAACUAAGUCCUCUUAAAAAGUAUUAUUGUACUCUUAUUUAAGUAUUUCUAAAAAUUGUAUUAUUUUAUCCCUAGAAUAAUUUUUCUUAGUCUCGUAUUAGAUUGUUGAAUGCUUAACUGGAAAAAUAUUAUUUUAUUUUCUCGGAAAACACUUUUACGGUUAGUAAAAAUGGUCUGUCUGACAUAUUACUUUAAAAUAUACAUAAUUUUUCACCCAGUGGUAUUUGAUUUAAAACAUUUUUCGAAAUUCCCAAUAGUUAAAAUAUAAUGUAUAAUUAUUAACAUAAUAUUUAUAGUUCCCUCAAAUUAUCCGAACUUAACUUUACAUUUUUAUUAAAAUCUUCUUCUUCUCCUUUGCCUUGAUCCCAAUUAUUUAGGAUCAGUAACUCUUGUCUUAAACUCAAACUCAACCCAAUUCCCCGCAUCGUCCUCGCAUUUACCCACCAUCCUCAUAUCAUUUUCAAUUACAACCAACCAUCUUUUUUUCGGUCUUCCUUUCCUAUUCAUUCCUUUUACGUUUAUUUUCAUUGAAAAACGCUACAUUUUGCUGAAAGUAUUUGAAAAAUAUGGAAACGGAAAAAUUUGAAAAUACUUUUGUAAAAUAUUUGAAUACAUAUUCUGAAUACUAAUUUUUGUAUGUAUUGGAAUAUUUAUUCUAAAUACUUUUAAAAAUAAUUUUACUCAAGUUUGAUUCUCUGAAUAUACAUUAUUAUAUGCUUCAAUUUAUAUAGUUUAUAAUGAUUGUUUUCAAGUGAAGUAUAUAUCUGUACCUAAUAAAAUACUUUUUUUAAUAUUUCAACCAUUUGGGGAAGGGGAAGGUUAAGGUACUUAUUGAUUGCUUUGUUUUUAUUAUCAGGUUAUAAAUAUAACAUUUUAUCAGUUCUGCGAACGCAUUCUAUUAUACUACUACAGCAGAACCAGAUAAUAAAGGAAGGUUCUUGGUUAUCAGACUUGGGUGGUAUUUUUUUUUUAUCUCAUUCAACAAUAACGUGACCUAUUUUCAAUAGGGAUAUAGGAAAUACCAGUGACAGAUCACGCCAUGUAGGAUAAAGAUAUGAUUUUAAUAUUACUUAUAGAUAAUUACUCACUUUGCUGUAUAUGUACAUUUUCAGUUCUUUUUUAGAGACCAAAGAGGCCAAUUUUAUCAUCAAAAAUUAAUUGUGGGUCAAGAGACCACCUGAACUCCCUUCCUAUAGAUCUUUUACUGAGUAUGUCAGUUUCAGAAUGAUAUUUAACUAACUUCAAAUAUUGACGAAAUGAUUUAAAAUCAAUCAAUUUGAAUAUUGUCUACAUGUAUAUAAUAUACUAUGAUUAAUAUGAAACAUUAACAUCAACCUGCAUUCGAUAUAAAUGUUAUUUUUUAAACAAAUUAUUCAAUUCGUGUACCGGUUUUAACCGUAAAAGUAUGGCAAUUAUGAUAAUUUAACGUUAGAAAAUGAUUAAUCUAAUUUAUUCUAUACAAUUCUAUAAUAGAAUUUGUAUCGUAUUUGAAAUAUAACGCAUGCUUUUUCGUGAAUUUUCUCGCGAUAAAUAUUUUUGAAAAUAAUAUAUAAAGGAACGUUAUUACGUUAAAUAUUAAUAUAGUAUUUUAAUAAUAAUUGUUAUUUAUAAUAAUAUACUCAAACACUUCAAUAUAGUUAAAAUUUAUUUAAUUUAUGAAUGUUAUUAUAUAAAAUAAUUUUGCCGCCGCAACUUGAGACGGAAAUAAAUAAAUAUUCACGGUCACGGGAGGGAUAGCUGGCACACACACACACACACAUACACACAAAAAUUAGAUUAGAAGUUUUUGUCAAUAAUUAUUGUUAGUAGUUUUAAGUUCCGGAAGAGAUUAACGCCGUACGGCAGACCGGUGUACCUUUACCUACCUUUAGUCUGUUUUAACCGUUCAUACCGUGAGCAGUGGUACCGUAUGUAAGGCUUUUUGCGUUUCUUGUAAACUUUUACUAAUGUUGCGGCUCUAAUAGCUUACAUACUUGAAGUAUUCCAGCGUCUCAAAUAGACGCCUGUUUAUUAUUAAACCGUAAUACUAUUGUUACCUACUAUUAUUAUUGUUACCGUUGUGAAUUUUGAUUGUUGUGAAUAAGUUUUAGUUUAGGAAUCGGUACAGGUAGCAGCUGGUCAGCAGUGCACCGACUUAGGUACUGUGAGUUUAUUUUCGUACAUAUUAUUUUAGUAGAUAUUUAUGAUAUAUUGUUGAAGGUUGUGCUAAUCGCCAAAUAAUUUGUUAUUUUUUAUGUUCUCAAAUCACCACGAUUUCUUAAUUAUUUGCGCAUUCCGAUAUUGUAAUUUUAUUGCUGUGAAUUAUUUAUCAUGUAUAUCACUUAGUUUCUGAAUUUAUUAUUGUAUAGCAACAUAGUUGCCAAUUAAUUUACCGUAUUCGACUUCAUUUAGUUUCCUUUUUCCGUUAGUUAUAUGUACACACGCAUUUCCAUAUACACACAUACACGUUUAUACAGAACACGCGUUACAUAGCUGGACAGUAUUUGCGACCCCGACCACUGCAGUUCGAGCUAUCACACCACUACACAUCCAGCUGUCCUUCCAUACCCUUGUACCUAGGUGUUAGUGGUGGACAAAAGAAAUUGGUGUCCGGGUGCGCGUAAUAUCGCAUUACGUUCCCAGCCCGUUCAAAUAAUAUAAAAUUAAAAUUUACUCAGACACAAACGGUGACAUUUUGUUUACCUUGGUAUUAGCGUUUAAUCUAUCAAAAUGCUAUAAUAUAGUUAUUUGUGUGGGAGGGUGGGAGAAGAGGAAAAUUCAGUGAAAAAUAAUUUAUUGCUGUUUACGUUAGUUUCAAUUAUUUCGUAUUUAUAAUAUUUCUUGUCAAUUGUUAAUUUUUAAUUGUGAUGAAAUCUACUAAAAACCUCCGGUUGUUAAAAUAACCAUUGAUAAGCUGUUCAAUCAAUCUGAUUUUUAUUUAAUAUAUUAUAUGAUUAAAAAUAGUGUUUAUUCUAUGUUCUUUAACGCUACACAGUAUGCAAAAUAGUAUAAUAUUCCAAAACACGUUUGUAAAGUUUUUCUAACCUUAACAAUACUAUAUUGUUAAAAUAAAAAACAAAAAAAUAAUAAUAGUAACAUAAUUUGUCUCUGCAGACGGAAGCGUAAUAAACGAAAUCCUUUUAUUAUUAUUAUUUAAAGCGUUAUCAACCGACCUCAUUGAGGUUAAACCUCAUAAGCCGUUGCAGACAAUGUGAUGACUUCACGAUAAGUUAUAUACAUAUAUAUCACAAUAUACAAUAUAUCUAUAUUAAAUAUAGGACUGAAUGUGUGGUUUGCCGAAAUCUCAUUAUUAUUCUGGAAAGAUGCAUACACGAUCCUACAUGUACAAACCGAUAUGUAGAAUAUUUUUUAUAUGUGUAGGUACAACUCUGUACAAGUGGAUUAAAAAAACUGGUAAAUUAAUAAGACAAUUAUUAUGGGCGUACGAUCAAUGCCACUACUAUCAGUUUUAAUUAGUGUAGUCAUUUGCGGACGACUUUUUUUUUUUAUUUAUGCUUGCACGUUUUUAUAGAUGCAACAGGUUUUUAUUUUGAUUGUAGAAAAAAAAAACAUAAAAGCGGAACAUACUUCACAUCAUGAGUAGGCAACUAUUUUAAAAUAACAAUACAAAAUUUAUUUAGCAAAUAUAUAUAACAUUUUACAAUAAUAUACAGAAAAAAAAACAAGUUAGUAUUCGCAACUCCCCUUUAAGCAUAAAGCUUGUGAGCUUGUGUUUUAGAUGAGAAGUUAUAGGAUAUAGGAUAAUUUAGUUUCUAUAUCAGAGCCGUGUUAAGGCAAUUAUUACUCAAGUGUAUUCAUUUUUAAGCGCCCUCUCUAAGGGUCUUACUUGGGGAUUAUUUGGGGGUUAAUAUCUUACAAAUUAGUUGUUUUUUUUUUACUAUUUUAAUAAAUGAAUAUUAAAAUGUCAACAUUUUAUCUUUUUCAAAUAAGAUUCUUCGAUUAUCUUGAAUUGUUUCUAAGCAUACAUACUAUGGGUAACUAGGUUACACUUCUAAUUACUAAAACAAUGUUCAUUAUUACUUGGGGGAAUCUAGAAAAAUUUUUCUAAUAAGAUGUUUAUUUUUUUAAUUUUUUUAUUUGUUAAAACUUUUCAACCAGAAGACUUACUCGGAUUUCUAAGCGUAGCAGCUUUUCUGAAAGGAAAUCGGUGUAAAAAGGUUCUUUUAAGAAGGUAAUUUUUCGAUUUUCUCAGGAGUUUUCUCAUAAAAUUUGAAAAACCGAAAAAGCGGGAAUGUGUACGAAAUAUAUUACAAAAAUAUUACUUUAUUUUUUUCCCCAUGCACAACUUUUCUACUAGCAAUUUUGCUCCAAUUUUCAAUAAUAGCAAUGUCUCUGAAAGGAAAUUUUACUAAAGAGGUACUUUAAAGAGGCUCUUUUUAAAUUUUCUCAGUAGUUUUCUCUUCAAAUUUGAAAAACUGAAAAAAAAAAGGUAAAAAUAAAACAUAAGGUAUACGAGUUAGUAAGUUAAAAUAUAUUACGGCCUUUUUUUUUUCUGUGCACAAUUUUUCUACCAAAAAUUUUCAAUGAUAGAAAUUUUUCAAAAAGAAAAUUUUACUGGGGAGGUACUUUAGAGAUGUAAUUUUUGAUUUUUUUAGGAGUUUUCUCAGCAAAUGUGAAAACCCGGAAUAAAAUAUGGGAAAAACGUAGGAAAACAGGGAAAAUCGGUACAAGAUUAAACAAAUAUUAUUUAAGAAAAUAUAUAAAGUUUAUUUAAUUAUUUUAAUAUAUGAUAAAAUGAAAUAUAUAUUGUUGAAAAAGCAUCACUAUCAAUGAACUCCGCUCAGAAUCGUUUUUUUGUGAGCAAUGGUUUAUCGUUGCCUAUAACAGUGGAUGCGCCCGUCCCCAAUAUCCUAGGACGUCUUUUUUAUUUUAUUUUUAUUAUUUAUUUUUAUUGUUUGAAGCGUUUUAUCUGCGAGCUCUGUGGUUCAGCCAAGUAGCAUUGCAAAAUCGAUACCUAAUAGCUAUGAUAACAGCCGAUAAAACUAUAAAACAUAUUAUUACAACGCAGCUUUAGUUGUGUUAAAUGUUAAUAUUUGAACAAUAUUGUUUAAUGUGUACAUUGUACAUGCGUUAUACCUACUAACAAAAUAGUAUUAAUAAUGUUGCAUUAUUCGUAUGUGAUGGUUGGUUUGCAUCGUUUUAUUAUCUGCCGUUAAAUGCGUUAUUUAUGGCUAAAAAACAUAAUCAUGUGUUAACAACCACCCGUUAAUCCCGAAAAUCGCAGUUUUUGUUUUUAAAUAAUUUUUUUCUGGCUACAACAAUAUUUUUUUAUGGAUAGUAUGAUUAUCAUACUAUUAUAUAGCCGUGCGCGUCAUACGCUAUUCGUAUUGUAGAUGGUGCGAACAGUUUUGCAAGGAAUCAAUAAAUUGUUUUAUCGAUCUUCCUAUAUACCAUUUUUGGAUUGAUUUUUGAAAAAUAUCAGUCAAUUAGGCGGAUUCAGUAGAAUUCAGCAUCCAUUUUGAAAACUAUACAGUUAUUGCAGGUAAUUAUAUUUUCGGUUGCACUCAUCAGUAGGUAUAAUAAAUAUAAUAGAUCGUUUCAUCUAUAUAAAUGAUGGUUUUUUCCAACACAUAGUUUGACCGUUUACUCGGAGGGUUUUGAAUAAAUUUGAUUUACAUACAUUACUUUCAAUCAUCAUGGAAUUGUUUAAGGUUUAUUUCAAUACUAUUUUCAAAUGUUCAUCCGUAAUCUAUAUAUUUCCAAUGAGUUUUACAUUUUUAAACAGCAGCACUCCAUCCCUUUUCAACACAUAUUCGAAAAAAAAAAAUAUUUUUCUAAAGACGUGUAUAUUGGAUUUACCGUUUACUAGUUAAAACCAUUUGCAAUUCAGAUGGAAGGAGUGAGGAAGGGUAAUAAAUGUCAUGUUCAUUUUUUAUUGAAUAAUGCUCUUUCCUACUACACUGGCAAUAAAUUUUUAACUACUAUAACUAAAGACCAGAUUUUUAUGUCUUAACAUAAAAAUAUAUGUAGUUUAUUGAGUAUGUGUAGUUAUUUUACUAGAGCAAAAAUAAUGAUCGAUUUAUCAACAUCGAUUUCACAUCAAAAAUAGACUUUUUUUUGCAUAUUUGAGAAUAUUUCGGGGUCUAAGGAUAAUUUAAUUUAUUUAGUAUCUUUCAGAAUAUUUUGUGAAUUUUGUGAAAAAAAAAAUUAUUGCAAUUUUAAAUUAUGAUUACACAUUUGUUAUUUUAAAAUAUUUUAUAUCACUUGCUUGUGCAUCUUUUUCUAAAAGGGAAAAAACGAACGUUAUAAAACAUAUUUUGAUAUUCAUUAAUUAUUAUUUUUGCUUAAAACCCAUAUUUCUUUAUAAUUUAUAUAUUACAAUAUUUCUAAAAUAGGUACGUUUUUGUGACUAACACUUUUUCUCCCUUUGCACUUAACCGAAAUCAAUGAAAGUGGUAGGUAGGUAACAUUUUAAAGGUUAAGUUACCUUCUACUGACGAAUUGUUAAUUUUGAACAGUACAAUCUAGUAUUUCUAAUUUUUAAGAGAAAGAGAAUAUUAUUAGGUUUUUUUUUUUUUUAGAGAAUAUCAGCAUCGUAAAUCAGCUUUUUAUUUUACCAUACAAAUUCGUGUCCUAGACUUAUAGCACACAUAAUUAUUAUGACGUGCUAUUUGAAAAACAACAGUCUACACAUGUAAUUAUAUUUUAAGGGUGCAGUUUGCAAUGAGGAUUCAAUCUCGAAAAUAUUGUAAGUAUCACGUUGAGCGGGGAGAUAUGGGCCCUCCCCCCCGUUCCCAAACGGCGCCACUAACUCAUUGCAUUAUUACAAAUUAGUGCCCACAGACAUUUUUCCAAGGGGGUGAGGGGAGAUUUAAUAGUUUAUACUUUGCGCAAUAUAUAAUUCAAUAAAGAAAACAAAAACAGACAAAUUAUUUAAACACAACAAGUUUGUCAGCUGGUGUGGCAGGGGGCAAAGGCCCUGUAUUGCCCACCCCCCUCCGAGCGUUUAUGUAAUUACAUCGCUUAGUUUUAAUUUGAAAACUAAACCACCACGUGCCGUGCGAUAAACUAUUAUCGUAUUUAUUAUUAUUUUUGUUGUCAAAACGUCGUCGGACCGCGCGGUCAUCAUUCGCCGCCGCCGCCGGGUACGGGCGUUUAGUCGUGCGGCCGGCAGGAUAGACGCCCGGCGUGGCGGCGGCAUUAGUUGUAGACGGCCGAGAGAUUUCCCAAUUAUACACGUCACGAGCCCGAAAUAUAUAUUUUUAUUUGUGUCUCGCGCGCGCAAUUUGUGCGUGUGUGUGCACACGCGCGCUGUAUAUAAAAUACAAUACCAGUACGGGACGGCGGUCGGGAGAGUCCUCUGGCCGCUGGCCAGGAUAUGCGCGACAUUGCGUGCGUCACGAGCGUCCGCCGCCGCCGCCGCCGCCGCGGUCGACGUCUCGCAUUCGUUCCGUUCCCCGAAGAGCCAAGAGCCUCUUGUACGAAAUUAUAACGAUUUGGCAACGGGCAGCGGGAUGCCGCGGCAGAGCCGGUGUCGCCUCCAUCACCGCCGUUCACCGCCGCACACGGCGCGUAUACGAUCGGCGGCUGCGGCGGCGGUGGACCUAUAUCGGAUUGUAGGUUAAUCACAAAUCGAGUGCCGGGUCGACACGAACUAGGUCGACCCCGCUUUGAUGUGCGUGCGAAUUAUUAUUAUUAUUAUUAUUAUUAUUACAACGGGUCGGCGCUCGACGCGUGAUUAAACGGUCGGCGACGCGACGCGCGACGAUGAUGCCGAUGCGCCAGCGUCCCGUAAUUCUGCGACAUUUUAUAAGUCCGGAUUUCAAAUAAAUUUCAUGUUUCAUAUUUCAAAACCCGGAUUAUCGCGAACUGAAGCGAAUCCGGGGUUUUUUUUUCCACCGCUGUACAGUAUACUAUAUGCGUUUUUCUCCCCUCCGUAUUACCGCGGCCUACCGAUCCCGGUGCUGUUUGGACACGAAACUUCCGCCUAGAAAUCCACAUUCUUCAGCAAUCCAACAAAAUCAGAAAAUAGCAAGUUUUGAAUCCGUAAUCGGGGUUUUGUUUUUAAAAAUCUGCACGAAUCAAGUGGUUUUUAUAGACAGUUAUAAUUGUUGGAUCGAAAAUUCGAAUUUUAAUUUAGUUUUAAGAUUUUCUCAAGCUAGCGAGAUUUUUAUGUACUAAAAAAAACGAUCAAGUACCGGAUAUUAUUAUAUUAUCAGACAAUAAUAGUAUUUCAAAACCCAAAUAACGAGUGUGGGGCUCGUUUUGUUACAAAUUCGUUUCAUGUAUUUUUGAAUACAAAUAAGACAUUUAAUUUUUGUCAUUUUUUUUUUUUUUUUGAAGGUUUUUUCUAGGCUUUAUGUAUUCCAUUUCCAACCCAAGUUAUAAUACAUCUAUGCUAUCUAUAUGAUAUAUUUAAAUCCAUGUCAAAGUAUAUGAUAAUUUAUCGAUAAUCGUAUACAAUCAUUAUAUUAUAUUUGAUUUAGUCAAAACGAAUUUAAAUUAUAGUAAUAAUUUUACAAUUACUAUAAUAGAAACGUAAAAUCGGAAUUUCAAAAUCCGAAAUUCUCAAAUCAGGAUUUGCUCCAUUAAUAAAAUUCCGACCGACAAAUUAAUGAUUAUAUCGUCCUAAUAAUCUCGAAAUGCCCUAGGCGUUAGCUGUCUUACAGAUAAUAUUAAUUUCAUAUAAUUUUAUGUAUUAUAUUUCGUUAUUCAUGAAUGAACAUUUUAAUAAUAUUAUGUUGUUAUGAUAAAUAAAAAUUUGGGAUUUUUCUCUCGAAACAAAUUUUAUCCUGGCCGUUUUCCACCUUCUCACCCCUCGGGCUUUAGAUUUUUACGUAUUUUUCACGCGAACGAUAAAAACUAUAUUUAAUAUUAUGUACCGAAUUAAAUACACUUUCACGACGAAGACGACAACGACGAUGACCGUGACACUGAUCUUAGAAAAAGACUCUUUAAAUUCAUGAAUAAUAAUUAUAAUAAUAAUAAUAAUUUAUAUAUAUAUAUAUCUAUAGUGUGUGCCUUGUCUCGAUAACAAUUGGACGGUUUAGUAAUGAACACAACACGGAUAAUGUAGAUACAUGAACAUAUUCGACGGACACCACGUAGUGAUGUGUUAAGCUAUUGUUAUAUAUAUUUCGUUAUCGCCAAAAAAUGUUCAUUGUUUUACUGCAGCAAAAAAAAAAAAAAAACCUGCGCAUUUUAUAAUAUCAUUAGUAUGGUUUUUUGGAUUAUUUUUUUUAACGGUUAAAAUGACAAAUCAAGACUAUAAUAUGGGUGAUUCGAGCAAUAAUUUUUAAUGUGUAUUAUUAUUCCAGCUGGCGGUAUUCGAAAUUUUCAACGCCGGUAUUCGGUUUUUACUGUUAAUCGGUUAUAAACGAUUUAACGAAUCGGGAUUUACCAAUUAUUCUAUAUUUGUGGCAAUUAAAAUUAAAAAAUACCUAAACUCCGCAACAUGGGUGGAAUGUUGAGAAGAUAGGCGUAGGCAACAUGAAUUUAGUUUAAUUACUGUUAGCCAGGGCCCUAUUUACGCAAGGACAUUGUGGGUAUUUGUUCAGGGCCAAUGCGGAUCAGGAGCCCACCUACUGGAUUUAAUUAUUCUUUUAAUUUUAAUUAAUUCUUAAAAUUGAAGAAUACCAAAAAAAGUUUACACAGUCGAAAAUACUUGUAAAAAUAUAAAUUAUUUUUUUCGGUUUCAUACAAAAUAUAUGUGUAUGAGAUAAGAAAUAUUUGUAUUAAAUUGAUUAAAAAUAUGCCAACUUUUUCUUUUUGUCCCGGGCCUAAAAAGUUCUAAAUCAGGCUCUGCUGUUAGCAGUGUAAGCAACGAUGAAUUAUUGCAAACAAAAAACGAUUCUGAGUGGAGUUCAGUUCGGCAAACAUUCUUAAUUUUUUUUUUUAAUUUUCUCAUAUUUAAUAUCUAAAAAAUCCGGAAAAAAUGUUAAAUAAGGUACCGCCGAACGGAGAAUUCGCAUAUUCUAAGUUAUUUUCUGAAAAAUUAAAUUAAAUUUACUGAUUUACUAUCGAAAAGGUGUUUUCUGCGAAAAACCCUAUUAUUGUAAAACUAUUAUUGUUCCUUCACUCUAUUUUAACCUAACGUGUUACCCAUCUGAAUUCACACUACGUAUUAUAUUAAUUAGUGAGAAGAGGUAAGCUCAAUUUAUUGGAGCGAAAAAGCUUAUGGUUUUACAAAGAUGUUUAUUUAUUUUUUAUUUUCUUCUGUGGACCACUUUUCUACCAGAGGACUUGCUACGAUAUUACGUGUAGUACCUUUUCUGAAAGGUAAUAAGUGUAGGGAGGUACCUUAGAGAGGCCAUUUUUUGAUUUUUUCAAGAGUUUUCUCAUCAAAUGCGAAAAGCCGAAAAAAAAAACGAGAAAAUGUACGAAAUAUAUUUGUAUAAUAAUACGAUUUUGUUUUCAACAGCUUUUCCAACAGGAAUUUUGCUCCAACCUAUAAUGAUAGCAAUUUUUCUAAAAGGAAAUUUCACUGGAGAAGUACUUUAAAGAGGUGGUUUAUCGAGUUUCUUCGGAGUUUUCUCAGCAAAUUUGAAAAACUGGGGAAAACAGGUAAACCGGGAAAAACGUAGGAAACCGGAGAAAUUGGUACAACAUUAAACAAAUAUUAUUAAAAACAAUAUGUAAAGCCUAAUUAAUUAUUUUACUAUAACAUUUAUAUUUUGUUGACAAAGCAUCACUAUCAACUGAAUUCCACUCAGAAUCGUUUUUUCGUUAACAAUGGUUUAUCGUUGCUUAAAGCUAUACAUCAAAUUACCUAUAACAGUGGUUGCACCCGUCUCUAUUAGGACGUCCUUUUUUUUUUAAUAAUUGGUGUUUUAUUUACAGCCCCAGUUUUAAAGGUUUUUUCCGUUUUCGUUUGUUUUACAUAACAUUUUUGUUAUAUUUUCCAUUAGAAAAACACAGGACGGUAUUUCUAUUAAACAUGUGAUAUUACUCAAACAUAUACUAGAUUCGUCAGUUGCCUGCGGAUUAUAAUAUUUUAAUGACUCGCAUGUAUGCAUCAGAUGUUAGUAAUAUGUAUAAUACUCGUAAAGUAGUGAUUCUUGACCUUUUGUGAUUCGUGUCACCUUUGUCUACGAGAAUCAAACACUGCAUUGUCCUAUGAUUAAAAUAUACAUAAUGAAUUGAAAAAAAUUAUAGAUUUAAACUGUACAUUUUUGAAGAAAAACAUAAGUGACUUUGACAAAUUAAAAUUCCGUAUCCCCCCCCCUCACGAAUAUUUUGUGACUUCUAUAUACUGUGUAUCCAUAUCACCCUAGUUGAGAACCACUAUUGUACUAUAUAAAGUUAAAUCGCAUUACUUGUUUUAAUACAUCGUUUGUCUAUGCGCGAUUCGGUUAUUUUCCGAUUUUUUGUUUCGUUGUACUGCACUUAAAAAAAAAAAAUAGGUAAGAUAAUAGGGACGGGUGCAGCCACUGGUGUAGGUGGGAAGUUGGGAAGGUAGGAUAUAGAUGGGAGUUUAAUGUAUAUCUGUAAGUAACGAUAAACUAUUACUUACGAAAAAACGAUUCUGAGCAGAGUUUAGUUGAUAGUGAUGCUUUGUCAACAAUAUAUUUGCCAUAAUAAUAUGUAAAAUAAUUAAAUAGGCUCUGUAUAUUUUCUUUGAUAUUAUUUGUUGAAUGUUGUACCGAUUCCCUUUGUUUUCCUACGUUUUUCCAUGUUUAUCCCGGAUUUUCACAUUUACUGGGAAAACUUCUGAAAAAAUCAAAAAAUUACCUUUCAAAAGUACCUCCCCAGUAAAAUUCCCUUUUAGACAAAUUGUUAUCACUGAAAAUUGGAGCAAAAUUGUUGUUGCAUAGACAAAAAAUUCGUAAUGUUAUAUUUAUUAUAUUUUGUAAAUUUUCCCGGUUUUUUUUCGAUUUUUCUCAUUUGAUCAGAAUAUUCCUGAGAAAAUUAUUUCUUUAAUGUACCUCCUAACACCGAUUUCCUUUCAGAAAAUAUGCUACACGUAGAAAUCUGAGCAAGUCUUCUGGUAGAAAAGUUGCACACAUAUAAAAAAAAUAAACAUCUUUGUAAAACUAUAAAAAACUCCUUCGCUCCAUUCAGAAUCUAAAAUACAAUUUUUACAUCCUGGCUAUGUGUAUAGUCAUAAUAAAACUACAUAACUUAUGAACUCACAUCCUGUAAAUAUCUAUAAUUCAUUAAUUGACUUCAACAGUUUACACCUCUUUAAAAUAUUAUCAUUAUUAACUGUAUGAAACGUCCGAAAGAAUACCAAAUGAGUAAAUAGUCAAUAGAUAUAGCGAAGAAACAUCCUAUCAUUAUAUUUGUAAAUUAAUUUUUGAAUUCUUAUUAUUUUAAUUUUUAGUUUAUUCCUUUCCAUUCAAAUUAAGCGUACACCCAUCACGUAUUUAAAGUUGUGAUAGGUAAUGUAAUUUAUUUCAAUCAUAAAAUAUAUAGUAUUUUUUAAUUGUAUUAUUAAUGUAUUUAUAAUUAUUACACGUUUAUAAUAGUAAAAACUAUUUCAUUAAUAUAUAAUGUUGAAACGGAUUUUUUUACCGGUUGAAAAUCUAUUGUCGAAGUCGGGUAAGUAAGUACCGGAGUUUGCAAUAAAUGUCAAACAAUGGCAAAUAAUAUCACUGUACUUUAUCAAAUUCUGAAAAUUUGACAUUGAAAUAGCGUGUACUGAAAGAUUUGUCAUUCCCUCGCGUGUUCAGAGCGUUUCAUCAGGUGAUUCAGGUUAUUCGAUGCAAAAUUCUCUGUUAAUAUUCAACAAUUUUUUUUUAUUUCCUAUAGGUUUUAUGGCAAACUGACACAUUCACAUUAUAUCUACAAAUUAAAUUCAUUUACUUUCACCUCUUCAAUACUACUUAUUUGGUCGAAAGAUUUCAUAAUAGUCACUAAAACUAUAACUAUAUAUAAACGAUAUAGGUAAUAUUAUAGGAAUUUUACAUUUUGGAUUUUGGAUUUUUCACAUUGUUUAAAAUUUUGAACUCAUUACUAUUAUUAUAAUAAACCGUGUUGUUAUAUCGUGACAAUGUUUAUACGUUUGAAAUAACUAUAUGACCUGUGGGCAAUAUUUUCAAACACUUGUUUGACAUAAAAUUAUUCUAAAUGUAACACUAAUUAAGAACGAGAUUUUAAGUACUUAGAUGAUAAUAAUAAUGAUGUCUGUGGUUUUUUUUUUAAUUGUAUUAAAAUAACGACGAUCACCGAUAAUCAUCUUUAAAUUAACUGCAGACAGCAAUAAUAAAUAUAAUUAUUUAUAAAAUAUUAGGAAACUGAAACUUUUAUACAGAUUAGUUAUUAGUUAUUACAAAGGAAACGUGCUAUUAAUAAAAAUAUCACAAACGUUUUAAUACACAAAGUAUACAAAAUUAUUAAUAAUAUCAUAUUAAAAAUAAUAACUCGGAUAUGUUAUGUGGCACUCGGAAAAAUAUAUCUUAGUUUACUACAAUUAAAAUCCAGGGUAAAAUAAUUGGAAGAAGAAACUGUGAAAGAUUUCAAGUGUCUUGAAUGAUGGACAACCUCAGAAAAGGGUUCAACACAUCUACGAAUUCACUAUUCAGAACAGCCAUUAAUAAAGUCUAAAUUUCUAACAUGAUUGCCAACUUUAGAUAACGAAUACGGCACUAAAAGAAGGAGAAACACAAUUAUUUAUUUUACAUAGCAACUAACCUUUAUUAAUUUUAGUAGUUUUUCACUGACCGUGAACUGAAAUACGAUGUGAAUUCGCCUAUAACGUCUUCGAAUGCAUUAAUAUUAAUUUUAAUUAGUCAUCGAUAGAUAUCUAUACGAAAUUAUUAUCUGUUUACGUUGGCCAAUAAAAUUGUUAUAAGAUUAUUUUUCGUCAUCUUGUUCGGUUCCACUGUUAUGGUUAAGAUAUUUUAUAUAAUUAUAAUUUAUUAGCAAACGCAUAUGCAUACACAAAUAUUUCGAUGAUGUUGGUUUAAGAUAUUGUAACUAUACACAUAAUGCAAAGGUUAGGUUAGAUUACUUCAUCUAUAAAAAAACGUAUAUUUAUUAAAGGUGCAUAGUUUUCAUACAUUUCCUCAUGUACUCUUCUGGAUAUCGAUAUAUAAAUAAAUCGAUAUAAUUUUCGAAAUCAAGAAAUUUAAAAUAAAUUGGCCAAAUCUUCUUCUUCUCUGGUCUCUACCCUCUAUGAAGCAUUCUAUCUCACCUCAAAUUUUCCAUCCUUCUCUUGCCUCAUAAUUAAGUCUACUAUAUUAUGUUUGUAUUUUGGAAUGAAUCCUCUGUAGCUCUGCAUAAUGUGCAGGCCGUAAACAAUUUUUAAUUUAAGGGUCUUGGAAUUAUGCAAAAAGUUUAGUGCUCAAUAUAAAAUGAAGAAUGUUCACACGGGAAUAGGUUUAUACGUCAAGUAUUGUAAAAUUAAGAAUGUAAAAUAAAUAAUAUUUGCGUGAAUUUGGUGAAUGGAGAAAAUUACACAAGGAAGAGCUGCAAAUCCUUUCUCAAUGAUUAAAUAUACUGAAGGAGAUUAAAAAAAGACGAUUUGUUUAGGUAGGAUUUGCUUGAAAGAAGCAUGAUUCGUAAUAAGAAAAGAAAUUGAGAGGAGGUCGCGGUUAAGGUAGAAAGACUGCAUGAAAUGAAAGAUAAUGGAACCUGCAAAUAAUCAGUGGAGGGAGCUGACAGAAAUUAGAGAUAGAUGGCAGAAUGAUUAUUUAGUGGUAUAGUCUUAAAUGAACGAAAACAAUAGAGGAAAAGAAGAAGAAUAUUCAGCCCAUCGCUGAUAUUGCUAAAAAAAAAAGACAUUUAUAAUUAAUAAUUAUAAAAUUGUCUUAUUUAUCACCUAAUAUGGUAUUGUAUAUAUACAUUUUUUUGAUUAAUGGCUUUUGCGUUGCUAAUGUCGAUAUACGCACGGAUAAAGCGUCGAUUUAAAAUCAUUAAAAUUGCUGUUUAUUUACGUGUGUGUGACUAAAUAUAAAUUAUAUAAAAAUAUGAUAUAUUAUAGUAUAUGAGUUCGUUGAUUCUACACAGCUAAAUUAUCUAAAACACAUUUUUACGCUGGUUUUGUGAUUGCCCAACUGUGCAGAUAUUUAAAAUAUUAUAUAGGUAUUCUUUGAAAUAUUAAUUGCAAGCUAAUCAAUUUUUACGCACCGUGGGUAGAUAUUUACAGGAAAAAAAAAAUGUUAAACGUGAUGUUAUUUUAAUUUAUAAUAUAACCUAGCCACCCAAGUAUCUAAAUGUUCCGUCAUUGUGUAUAUAUAUGCAAAAUGCAUGUGUAAGUUUAAUUCUUUGAUGUAUACGCUUUAAAACGUUGUGUUAAUUUUUGAUAAUAUUUUAAUAUUACAGUGUUUAGUAUUCGAGGUUAGGAUGUAUAUUAUUGUACUAAAGAUUAUAAAUGUACGGUUUUUAGACGGACAAGAUUAAUUAUCAUUGUAUUUCAUCGUACUUUUUCUUUUAAUAUAGUAUUUAUGUAUUUUUGUGUAUUUUUGUUGGUGGUAAAAAAAGGGCCGAUACCACUGAUGUAUGUUACAUUAUUGUAGGAGGAUGUUGGGAAGAUAGGAUAUAUUAAGUUAUUUUAUUUAUGUCUGUACGUAACGAUAAAUCAUUGCUAAUAGAAUACGAUUCUGAGCGAUGUUAGAUAAUAAAUGUUUUGAAAUUACGUGAUUUUUGUCGUAUUUUAAAUGUUAUUUACUGUUAUUACCGUAAAUUUCUUGGUUUUUCAAUCAUUACGAAAAUACAAGGGGAAAAAAAAUGAACAUUUCAGUGCACCAACGAAACAAUAUUUUCUUCCACAAAAAAUACUUAGUAUACUUGGAAAUCGAAAUAAAAUAUUUGAUAAAAAAAAGUUUUAAUAGAUAUAAAAUAUAAAAUAGUAAAACCGAUACGUUCCUAGUUGCACUCAGAAUCUAUAACGAUAUUUUUAGACGUCAGUAAAAUGUUAUAAUAUUUCAAAUGAUAAUAUUAUCUGUACGAAAUCAAAUAGACGUAAAAGCUGUUAUGUGUUUAUCGAGUUUUCAACUUUCAUUUUUUUCAGUUAACCCGGUUUUCUAAAACGUUUUUACUCCUUGGAAUUUGUAUUGUUGUAAAUGGUUUUACUUUCCACCCCCUUCCUAUAAAUAAUCGAAGUUUUUAUUCGCCACUGUACCUAAUCAAUAUAGGUACCUACCUAUAAGUUAAAGUUCAUAUAUUAUUGAUAUCGUAUAAACAUUGUUAAACUUGUAUCUUACAAUAUAAUUCAUAAUACACGCAACUAUACAGUACUUAUUAUAAUAGUAUAAAAAUUGUCUUGGUGAAAAUCGACCAAAUCCUCUUUUGGUGGAAACGUUUAAUGGUGGAAAAGGGAGAGUACAUUUUGGUAGAAAUAGGGGUGUAGUUGGAAAACGACAUGGAAUAUGUUUGAUUGAAACGUGAAUUGGUGUAAAAAGGGAAGGUUCAUUUUGGUAGAAAACACGGUGACACACCCAUUAAAGUGUGGUGGAGUACGAUUGCGUGCGGUCCUUAUCGGCGAUACCCUUUUAGGCGUACAUCAUUUUUAUUUCUAUACAACGUUGCAAAUAAUUAUACAUACUAUACUGCAUACAUGAUGCCUACCUAAACAAUAUAUGAAAUGCAAACUUUUAUAUUGGAUUUUAGACAAAUUAUCUUGAAUACCAUCACUAUUUUAGGUUCUUUAUCAUUUAUUAUUGCUGAUAACAAACUUUUAUCAAUAUUUUUGUAAAUUCCCAUAUUCUAAGCACGAAUAUACUAUAAUCACGCAUGUUGUAUGCAUAUACCUACUGACAGUUGUGUUCAUGUUCACAAUUAAAUUAAACUUAAUUUUAUUGCCAUUUUAUAAUAUAUAUAUUAAUUCAAUUUUAUAACUAAGAACAAUUUUCGAAUUGUCUGCUAUUUUGUUUUAUUUAAAUAUAUGUAACAAUUUUGGCAACCUCGCUUCCAAUAUCGCGGGCAAUCGUAUGUUUUUAAAAGAUCAAAAUCAUGUUCUUUGUUAUUCCGACACCGCGUGCAAUCGUAGUACCCAAAAAGAAAAACGCGUACAAUCGUAUUCCACACGUAAAGUAUUUUUAACAUAUUUUUCGGUCGGACGUCCGCUUUAACAUCAUUAAUUUAUUGACACCAAUAUUUUGAUUUUAGAUUCAAAUUUACGAGGUUUUUCUCGCUACCGAGUCCAAAUAUUAUAUUAUACGUAUUUUUUUUUAUUUUUAUAAGACUGAAUAAUAUUCUUUUUUAUGUACCUAUGUUAUUUCAUUUUAUUGUACUCUAGUUUUUCCAUCUAGUUUUGUAUUAUUUAAACAGUUUAAUAUCUAAGUAUACGUUCUAAAUAUUUAUUUAUUUUUUGGUAAAUGUUUGCAGGUACAGACAACCGAGAUUCAGUUCUAGACGGCAAUACCGGAGAGUUGUGUUCAAACAUGGCGAAUGUAAUGUCGUGCAAGGAAAAGUAGCCAAAAGAAGACGAAAAUAUUUACAGGUGAAUAGAGUGAAUAAUACCUACCUCGUAUAUAUUUAAAUACAUCAUAUUAUUAUUAUUAUUAUAUUGUUUAAUUGUUCGUAUUGAAAUGUUAAUUUUGGUCGGGUCAUGUGUGUGUUUUUUUUUCCAAACAAUAAAACUCAAACUUUUUUUUCACUUGUAAUUUCAAACGUUUAGCAUCUAACUUCAAAAUUAGUUUUAAGUAACGAAAAAAAAAACCCAUCUAGUAUCGCUUAUUUUAUAUUUUGAUAACUUAAAGAAUAACCGUGUGCAGCAUGAAAUUCGGGGCACGUGUAUAGUAAAAGGUCAACGAAAAAUGUACGUUAAAAAGUGUCUUAAAAAAUCAUGUUCAAUAAUUUUUUUAAAAAAAGUCCCACUAAAAUUAAUAUAUUACGUCAAGUAUAAUAUUAAUACCUCUAAUACAUUAUUUUGGAGUUACAUAAAUUGAAGAAUGAUUUUUAUGUUUUUUUUUUUUUUUUGGCAUACAUUUGGCUGCAGUUCAUUGUAUUAAAAAAAAAAAAAAACAAUUUUAUCGCGUACACGUGCAAAAUAAAGACUAGUUGUUAGUAACGUAUAUAAUGUACAAAACGCCAAGCGAAUUAAUUAUGUUUGACACGAUUAUUAGAAAUUCCACGCCCUUAUACUUUGUUCUUUUGACAUUAGAAUAUUUUUACACGCUUUUGAAUCUAAAUAAACGUUGUCGCUUCCUCGACACUGUGUUUCAGGCUAUUCACCGAUUUCUUCGUCAUCUCUUUGCUCCACGAGACUAAAUCACUAGCCUAUUUUUAGUGUUGACAUAGCGCUAUACUGUGUGUUUUUUUUUUAUUUUUUUAUUUGUAGUUCUUCACUACUACCACACUGUCCGUCAGGCGUGUAUAUAAAAUCUAGAGCGUGACAAUGGCCGCGUGUAAUAAUAUAAAAAAAGAUGGACAUACUUUGCACGAUGGGUGGGCCAAUGUUGUAGAUGAAAAGUUGGGAAGGUUAGAUAUAGAGGGGAAUAUAUUUUUGUGUGCGUCGAUUAAUCAUUGCUAACAAAAAACGAUUCUGAGUGGAGUUCAGUUACACGUGUUUUAAAAGGCCGUAACAUUUACGAUUUUCGUCUUAAUUUGAUAUUUAAAUUGUUGGAACCCCGAUAAGUUAAACCCAAAAGUUGAAAACCUUUAUGAGUACUACAUUAAACUCAAUUUUUUCUUAUUGACCACUAUAAUUACAACUUAUAGUGAACCUCAAUUAAAUUAUCAAGCAUUUCUGUUUGGUCUAACAAUAUUAUCCACAGAGUAUAUACCGAAUAAAGCUUACGUAAAAAACUCGCAAAAUUAAAAUGUUUACAAAUAACAUUAAAAUAGCUUAAAAAUUUUAUCACGUCUAAAAAAAUAAAUAUAAGAUUUCUGUCAAAAUUUCUAGUCUCUACGAGUAUUUUUAACUGAAUAAUAACAAAAGACAAAAUUGAAAAUAAUAAAGAAUUUUUAUUUCGUAAAUUGUACUGUUCUUCUUCGUAUUUUUGGGGUUUUGCUCAAUUAUUUAAAAAAGCUACUGUAAAAAUCCAAAAAUGAAUUUCUUGCUCACCAAUAAGAUUUAAAAUUCAACGAAAAAAAGUCUCUUGUUGUUUUUCUAUUGGGGCAAUAUUUUUGGUAGAAAAUAUAGUUUGUAAAAAUUAAAAAUAAUUAAAUCGGUAAUUCUGCAGAAUGUCAUAAAUAUUUGUCUUACCUACCAAUAAUUUUGUUUCUAAUUUUUUCAGACUACAGUAAAAUACGCUUAUUAGAAAUAUUUUGGAACAAUAAACGAUUGGUUUUAUUAUACAACCGGGGUCCGUCCUAUACAUUUUGUUUCAAUAACGCGAUUGUAUCAAUUAUCCGUGUUCCUGAUAAGCGAAUUCUACUGUAUUUUGAAAACCCCUUGUAAAAUCAAAAAAUUCCUCUCUAAUGCACUAACUAGAUAAAAUUUUUUUUCAAAAAGGUGCUACACUUAUUACAUCGGAGCAAGUUUUCUUUUCGAAAAGUGAUUUACAGAUAGAAAAAAAAACCACGCACACUUCAUAGUAAAACCAUUACAUAGGUCCCUCGAUACAUUCUUUAUCUAAAACACCUUAUUAUCUUGUCAAAACUCGUAAUGGAAACAGUAUUAUGCAAUUUAUUACUGUGCGCUCGUACCUACAUAAUGAAAAUAAUCUGCAAAAUGCCUGACUAUAUACUAUAAAUACCUAUUAAUAAUAUACAUAAAUAAAUAAUUUAAAUACUUUUAUUUGACGAAUAAAUAUAAUUUUAGGUCGACUAAUUAAUGCACUGAAAAAAUAUUAUUCAUUUUUUAAUACCACUAUACCUUUGAUCUUAAACAAUUUCUUUUUUUUUUUAGCUGGUUUUUAUUCGUGAAAAAAACCGCCAGCCAUAGAAUAUAAUAAUAAUAUCCUCAAGUCAAUUUUUGGCUUUUUUAUAAUUGUAUCUUAUGCAAUUUACUCAUUUUUAUUUUUUCAUAAAUAGUAUACGUAGUGCAUGCACUUUAAAAAUUUUAAUUUGCCUUUAUUGAAAACUUUACAGAAUACCCUUCUAUCUUAGGACUUUUUAUUGCAGUUUUAUACAUAAUAAAAUUAUUGGAAAAAGACCUAUAGGAAGGUUUCGAAUAUGAUGAUAAAAGACUUAGAAAUGGUUCAUGGAAACUUUGAAACUUAUUAUCCAUAAGAGGAUGUGAAUGAUAGGAACCAAUGGGACUACACGAACCGUAUUAGCUGUUAAGAAGAAGUUUUAUGCAUAAUAUAUAAGUAUGCAUUUGUGCUAAUAUACCGCCAUACCCUAAUGAAUAUAUAGGAAAAUACUGGAAACAGCAAAUUUGGAAAUUGUGAAAGAUUUAUAUUUUACGUGAGAUCCAAAAAUUAUUUGUGUCAUUACCGCUCUCAACUUAACAUCCCCUUUAUAAGCAAAUCAUUGGUAAUAAACUGUUAUACAUUUUGUAUAAAACUAAAUGUUCUAUAGUCUUAUGUUUCGGAAUCUUUACGACUCAUCUACCAAUUUUGGUCGAGAGCCUAAACAAAUUUUUCACUACGCCACUGAAGGAGUAUUUAUCGUAAAUAUACUAGUAGGUAACUGAGUAAGCCACAUAAAAGAGUAUUUAUUUUGUAUAGUAGAUGAUACUUGUGUAUCAACUGUAUUACUAUAAUAUAAUUAUGAUUUUUCAGAUAAUACAUUACAAAAUCGUACUAAGAAAAUAUUAUAUUUUGUUAACCUUUUAGGUCAGAUUCAGUUUAUUUUGAUUAUAUAUAUAUAAAUAUAUAUAUAUAUAUAUAUAUAUAUAUAUAUAAAUAUAUAUAUAUAUAGAGAGAGAGAGAGAGAGAGAGAGAGUGAGAGAGAGAGAGAGAAAGAGAGAGAGGUAUAUAAUAUAUAUUACUGUAUUUAGUGAAUAGCAAAUAAUGAGCCCAUUUUUAUGCAAUUCUAAAUAUUAAUAAUUCUAAAUAAAUAACUAUACUUGAUAAAGAUGAUAAAAUAAAUAAAAUAAUAUACUAUAUUAGUUUUUUUUUUUUUUUUGUACAAUACCACAGAUGAUAUUUACAAUUACUACAAAGUUGUAAUUUAAAUUAUUAUUUAUUUUUAUCAUCGUCGGAAAAAAUUGAAUGUCUUAAUAACUAGGUAUAAUACGGUAUAACUAGGUAUACACGGUGCGGUUGUAUCAUGUCGUCAUCGAGUGAUAAAUAAUUAUCAUCUCAAUCAUCAUCUUCAUGGUUGUUAAUUGACAGAAAAUUUUAAUUCAACAUUUUAUCUGUGAACAACUUUUCUACCAGAAAUAUUGUUCUAAUUUACAAAUGUAGCACUUUUUCUGAAAGGAAAUCUGAUUAGAGUGGUACUUUAGGGAUGUAAUUUUAUGAUUUUCUCAAUAUAUUAGAAAAACCGGAAAAAAAUGGAGAGAAAACGGAUGUACGAAAUGUAGGUAUUACUUAAAAAAUAUUAUUGAAAAAAAUGUUUAAUGCAUGCAAAAUUACUGUACCAAUUACUGUUGACAAAGCAACAUUAUCAACUGAACUCUACUUACAAUCAUUUUUCGUUAGCAAUGGUUAAUCGUUUCUUAUAGACACAUAUAAUUCAAUUUCCGUCCCCAUUAGGUAUUCUAGGGACAGCUUUUUUAAUUUUUUUUUUCAUAAGAGUAUUAAAAUCAAAAGUUGACGAGAAUCGUAAAUAUUACGGCCUUUUAAAAUAUGUAUAACCGAAUUUCGCUCCGAAUCAUUUUUCGUUAGCAAUGGUUUAUCGUUGGUUACAAGUAUAAAUAAAAAAAAACUUUAUGUAUCCUACUUUCCUAAAUAUCCACCUACAACAACGAUCGCACCCCUCCCCAGUAUCAGCUUUUUUUGUAUUAUUUUAAUUAGGUAUAUAAUAGGUAUUUGUAUUUUAAUGUUUGUAGUAGUAAAAAUAUAUAAUGUACUCUUAUGUUUUCCUUUUUUCUUGUAGUGUAACACAAAUACCUACACAAAAAUAUCACACACAUCGAUAUUUUUAUUUUAUUUUAAUUUUAAAUUGUAUACAAGGGAACAGUAUAUAGUAUUUUUAAACCCGUUGAUGAUGUAUUUUUAUUUUACUGUCGAUAAUCUUUUUUCGGGCUAAUAAACACGAUUUCAACAUAGUUUUUUGUAAAACAUUUUUAUGGGCAGACAAUUAAAAUCACAGACAGUAGGUAUUUAAUGUAUAAUAUGGAUUAUUAUUUUUUAAAUUUCCUAGUCUGUUGCCAGAAAAAUUCACUAAAGCCUUCAAAAAGAGGAAGCGUUUAAAUAUAAAUUCUGCGCUCCGAUUGUUUUUAGACCGUGAAAUCGUGCAGAUAAUUAUAAUUAUAAUUAUACAGGGUUCUGUGGAUUUAUAAUUGAUGCUUUUUUUGGAAUUUUCAUAGUCCGAAUUAAUUAUAUCUAUAUUGGUAACAACAAACUUGGUUUUGAAACUAUUAUUUUGAUGAGUUAGGGGAAAACUACCCUUAAAUUCGUUAGUUACUUACAAAAUAUAAUACAAAUGUCAAAUAGUGUAUGUUUAACAUAGUAUAGAGUAAAAAGAGGUUAUAUUUUUAUUCGCAAAAAAAUGGUUCCAAUAUUUUCAAGUCGAAUAGGUGAUAAAAUAUUUGCAAUCUUGAAUUUUUUUUUUUUUCUAAGAGAACAAUGUUUUUAAGAUAGGUGAUUAAUAUUAUUUGUUUUUUUUUUUUUUUAAAUUUCUCUGUAAACUUUAUAUUAAAAAUGACCGUCUUUUAUCUAAAUUUAUUAUCGUUUAUCUAUAACUACCGAGUGUCUUGACAAAAAAUACUACACAAAUUCCUAAUCAAAUUCAACGGAUUUUGUAUUUUUUUCAUGAAUUAUUUUUACAAAUGUAUUUUGUAUUUUAUAAUUGAAAUAUAUCAUUAUAUAUUUUGGCUAUACCUUCAGAUCAUAAUAAUAUUCAAUUUAGUUAUCCGAUUAUAAAUGUUAUUUUUAAAUUUUGAGCGUAGCAAGGAAUGUAUUGGUUUUAAUAUGAUCUGUACUUAUAUUUCAUUUUUUCUAUCUGUGAACAAAUUUACCAGAAAUCUUGUUUAGUUGAUCGAACAGAAAUGCUUAAAAUUUGAAUGAGAGGUUCAUUAUAAGUUUAUAAUCACUUUAAAACAUUAAUAACAAACUUCGUUCAAAAUCAUUUUUGGUUCACAAUAAUUUAUCGUUAUGAUAUAAAUGAAAUAGUUUUAUGUAUUCUAUAUUAUUAACUUUCCAUUUACAAAUGUGGAUUAUCAGUAUUGUCAGUUCUUUUAUAUUCGGAACAGAGCUUGUUUUGAGUUUGAUUUUACUAUGCCGUGUUUUUUUCUGUCUGUAAACAAUUUUUUGAAAAUAAAACUUGCUCUAACCGAAAAAUGACAUCCUCUUAUAUUGAUAAAUUCCCCCAUCAUCUGGUUUGAUCAACAUUUGACAGGUUUGGUAUUGCAUUCUUGUUAAAUUGUUUUUGAGUUUCUUCAGGAUACCGUGAACAUUGUAGCAAAUACAAUUUAAUUGUUUGUAAUUUUAUACGUAUUUUUAUAAUUUUAAAUUAAACUUAGAAGAGUGAUGCUUUUUAUUAAGUUUAGUUUUUAUAAAGUGGGUAGGUAUUUGCGGACGACAUCAUUUUUCCGUCCCAUAAUAAUAUUUAAGAAAAUAUGAGAAAAAAAAUUUAAAAAAAUGUAUACGGAACUUAUAAAUUAAUAAUUUUUUAAUAGAUUUUAAUAGUUUUUGAAUCUACAUUAUUUAAAAUGUACAUAUUUUAUUGUUACUUAUUAUUUAUUGAAGAAUAUUAAAUAAUUUGUUUGAUUAAAUUGACACUAUCUUGAUUAAUUAUUUGUCAAUCAAGUCAAUUGAUUAUAAAUAGGAUUAGGAUUUCUAUGUAUUUGGAAUUUUGUUUUUUCAUUUUUCCAAAUUGAUUGGUUGUCAGAUAUGUCCAUGAUUUAGCUUAUUUUCGAUUAAAUAGAACAACUCUUUUUUAUAUAUUUUUAACAGAAUGUAUAUAAUUGCUUUUUUAGAUUUUUGAGUAUUUUACGAACUUUAAAAAUAGUAUUUAUUUAAUGAACGUCUAUAAUUAUUUACAAUUAUUGAUGACGGGAUUACAUUAUUUAACGGCGUGAAUUGCGAGACAGUACAAAAGUUAAACGAUAAUAAUAUAGGACUGCAUCAACUGCAUUGGUUGUUUUUCAUUAGUACCUAAGACGUGUGUUGCCGUGUAAGUAUACGUACAUGUAUAGUAUGGUUAUCAAAACCAUUUGUUUUUGCAUGUUUUCAAAUUUUUUAUUGCGUAUAAAUCCUAGGCUUAGUUAUAAAAUACUAUUAUUGGUCAUAAAUCCAAUUUAAGUUUAUGUAUUUCAAUGUUCAAUUUUGUCUAUGGCAACUAUAUUCAGUGGCAUAAUUGAAGGGUUGAUAGGGGUCGCAAUUGUGAGCCCAUAUAUAAUAUGGGGUCGUGAAAUAAUUAAUUUUCAACGCUUAACAUUUAUGUGUCUAUGGUUUUUCGUUAGUAAAAGAAAUUAAAAUAGGUUAGCAAUUAUUUAAUUGCUUAAUUAUGAAAAAAAUAUGUUCAAAAAUUAUAAAACUAAAAUUAUAUAUUAUCAAUAUUCCGAAAAUGAAAAAUAUAACUGAUACAAAUUAAGUAUCAUACAUUUUAUAAAAAUGAAUCUAUUUUUAGAUUUAAACUUUUCUUUCGUAGCAUUUUUACUUAUAAUAUUUGCUUUACUAUUAUUAUAUUUUAUGAUGGGACUUAUGGAAUGUUUUAGUUAUUAAGUACUAAAAGAAAAAAAAACUUAAACAAAAAUUGAAAUAAUCAAUACAUUUAUUAGUCAUUAAUAUGAUUACUUAGAGAACAACAGUGAGACAGUUACAAUUUUAAAUUUCUGAAUUUUAUAUUCAGUAAUUGUAAUUGUAAAAGAUAAUGUGAUAAGAAGAAUUCUAUACAUGUAUAUACUCUAUUCACCGUAAGUUGACCCACUCGCUCAACGAAAACACCUCGAAAAAUUCCACUGAAAAAAAACCCAUCUGUAAGCACAGUCGCGGUAGCCUGCUGCUUACUACGAUUAGCAACGAUGAUCGCCAAACACCGCCGACCUAUCACAAACCACGGCGGUUCAGUAUACAUGCACGGAAGCUGAUCAACUUACGGUGAAUAGAUUAUAGUGUAUUUUAUAUUAAAAAUAUAUAAUAAUAGGACUGUAUUAAAACAUCAUAUGUUUUUAUAAUUUUGGGGGUGUAGGAGCUAAGCUCCCAUGGGUCUGUGUAUCCUGAGUAAUUUUCGCAACCAUUGACAUUAUGUCCAAAUUAUGUUACUGCCUAUAUUCCAUAUACAAUUGAACUUGGUUAACUCGAAAUUAAGAAAGAGACCAGGAAAAUAAUUCGAGUUAUCCAAAUUAAAAAAAAAUUAUGAAAAAUUACGUACGAUCACGUUGAAACGUAUCGGAGCACUGGACAUUGAAGUGUAUGUAUAUGUUAGUGGAUAAUGAAUCAUUUUCCUGUAGUAAAUGAGUUAGAUAAACCGCUUAUCAUUAAAAAUAACACUAAUGACCUUAUUUUCGAUAAUAAAUGUACAUACAAGAGGGAAAUACGUAACAUAAUUAAUUAUAAUAUUCGAUACUUCGAGUUAUUUACGAAAAUAUUCGAGUUAAACAAGAUUUUUUUUACAUUGUUUAAAUGGGAAAUUCUAGGAACCGGGGAAAAAGUUUUAGGUAUCGACGAUUUCGAAUUAACUAGACUCGACUGUAUAUAUAAUAUAUUCAAUACUAUGUAAGAUUUAAUAAACAUAAAUUAUUUUUUGGAAGUUCUUAAAUAUUCCUGAUGACUCCCAGUGAUUCCCGCACAUUGCCGGGAAUUUCCGUUAGGUUUCGUUUCUGGGAAUCACCCAACCCAUCAGAAGUAUCAGCUCUUUUAGAUUCAGAGUACAGCGAAGAAGCUUAUGGUUUUACAAUAUUUAUUUUUUUUCUAUGGAAAAUUUUUCUACCAGCAAUUUUGCUUCGAUUUACAAUGAUAGUACUUUUUUAAAAGGAAAUCUGACUGGGAAGGUACUUUAGUGACGUAAUUUUUCCCAGCAAAUGUGAAAACUCGAGAAAAACAUGGGAAACUAAGAAAAACGAAGGAAAAACAAGAAAAUCUGAUCAAUAUUAAAAAAAAUCUAAAAUGCAUAUCUAAUUAUUUUACCAUAAUAUGCCAUAUAUAUUGUUGACAAAGCAUCGCCAUCCAAUUAACUCCGUUCAGAGUCGUUUUAUCGUUAGCAAUGGUUUAUCGUUGCUUUCAGAUAUACAUUAAAUUCGCAUCUGUUUCCUACGUUCCCAACUUCCUAUCUACAAGAGUGGCUACACCCACGUACAAAGUAUGUUGUCUUCUUUUUUACUUUUGUUUUUUUUAUUUUUUUUAUUUUUUGCAACUAUAUACGGGUUAUAGAGUAUUUUAAUUAUAAUUACAGUAUUGAGGACGACACAAAAAUUAAAUUAUAAUCCUGCCAAAGGCACUAGUAGAACAAUAAUUAUUAUGCUACUAUUCCGAUCAUUAUUAUUGAAUAAACCAUUAAUUAUAUUCGAUAACAUUUUUUUUUUUUUUUUGUAAAUUUGAUUUAUAUUAAAUUUGAACACGUCAUUGUUCAGAAGCGAUGUGAUUUAUUCAACAGCUUUUUUUUCUUAUAUAGUUUGUACGACAUGUUUCUAAGCUCCCACGAGUUCACCUUGAACGCCGCAAAUAGUCGUAUGCUUAGUGUAAAAUAUUAAUUAUUUAACCCAUAACUUUACUGUACUCUAUAUCUAUACUUUUAAAAUUGUUUGUUGAUUAAUUGAGAAAUUAUUAUUAUUUUAUUAAUUUUAAUUUUAUCAAAAAUAAAAAAAAAAAUAAUAAUUAUUCUAUAUAGUCUAUACACGUCGUUUACGUUAUCAAAGUAUGUAUAUAAGUACGACUGUACAAGUAGUCAAAUCUGCAAUAAUUGCCCAAUAAUGUCCUUUCAAUCUUAGGAAAGUUACUUUUCAAAGGCAAUAGGCGUAACUACAAAUGGUUCAUUCUAACAUUCUUUAAUUACCUAGUAUGUAAUUAAGUUAUUUUAUUUCUGAAAUUAUAUAUAGAAAUUAAUUCAUUAUUAUUUUUUUUUUUUUUUGAAACCAACAGAGCAGUGGUGGAUCUGUCUUCACAUUGCUACUCCCACUGCUGCCAUCGUUUAUUGUAUCUUAAAAUGAUUCAUAGACAUAUAAAACCCGUUUUUCCCUUCGUGGGGCGGCAGGUUCACAUUAAUAUAACACGUUAAAUAAUAAGGUUCAGAGCCACCGUCCUCCUUGUCAUUAUUACUAUUUAAAACACAUUUUUUGUCUUUCUUCUUUCAAAAAUUUCAUUCAAAUUAAAUUACAGUAUUGACGAUAAAGAUAUCAUAUAAAAUUUAUUUUUAUUUCAUUUAAAUUACAAAAUAUGCGAUAAGUAAACUGUUAUAAUAGUUAAAACUAGAACUGAUAAUAUAAAACCCAGUGUAAUGUAGCUAAGAUUUUUUUCGGGAGAAGUGCGAUCUUCAGUUUUUGAUGGCCAAAUAAUUUGAGCUAGUAAACAAAUUAAGUUUGUACCAAACUGCUGAUAAAAACCUUACAAUUGUAGGUUAGGUUGGGUUUCGCAUCAUGAAAGAGACCAAUCGUAUACAUAAAUAAGAGAAAUAUAAGAACGAACGAGAUUUCAAUUCGAAGUAUUAGCUGUUCGGGGGAUUCGUUGUUAAUUUUUAUCGUGAUUAUUUAUAAACUCGGUAACAAUAUAGUGGUUAAUUUAGUUCGUAUUUAUUAUCAUGGAAUAUACUCGACUGUAACCGCAAAAUUACUGUAACCCAUGUUACUUUUUACUACCCAAGACUUGGUAUUUUUUUCCCCUGUGUCAAAAUCCCGAACAAUAUUAUUGUAGUGUUUCGUAAUUAUUCUUAUGUCCUGUUGCACACAACUCUAUUGAGUCAAUGAAUAGUUGUUGCUUCAAUUAAUUGGGUUAUUGAAUUAUUAAAAAUUAAAAGAUGUUGUACAAAGCUUAAAUGUCUAUUAUUGAGUCAAUAAAAUAUCGGUCAUAAGUGCUUAUUGGUUCAAUAGUCUAUAGACUUGAAUUAUCGGCCUAAUAAGUUUUACUGUUUAAAUAACAUGACAUUUAACAAAGUAAAAACUUGAUAAAAAUAUGAGAUUUUUAAAUUUUUAUUUGACUAAGUACACAAAUUGUUUUAGGAUAAUUUAAUUAUAAUGGAUGUAAUUUAAUUUUCUUCGUCUGAAUAUGAGUUCAUAGUUGAUGUGUUAGAAAUUCUACCAAAAUAGCCUAUACAUCAAAUAAGAUAUUUAUUAGAUUUAUUAUACAAUUUAGUUAAUUGUGCUACAAAUUAUAAUUUUAUAAUAAAACUAUGAAUAAUAUAUCAACCUACUGAUAAAUUAAUUUAAUUUUAUCAAUUAUCUGUUAUCAACUAUGGUUUAAGAUUAUUGAACCAUUAUGGUAUGUGGUUAAAUUUGUAUCUUAUAAUAAUAUUUAGUACAACGCUUUUUAAUGUUUAUCUAUUAAAAUCAAUGAGGUAUUUUCGGGGUUAGGAGGGGGGGUGUCCCAGGUCUCGACCCCCAGAAAAAAAGUAUGGUUUAAUAGUUAUAAAUGACUUGCUAUGAAGGUAUAGAGAAAGAGAACAUUAAUUUAUAUACUGGGUGAUUUUUAGAUUCUGAGUGGAGCGAAGAAGCCUAUAGUUUUACUAAGAUUGUUUUUGUUUUCGUCUGUACGUAACUUUUCCACCAGAAAUCUUGAUCCAAUUUACAAUGAAAGCAUUUUUUCUGAAAGGAAAUCUGACUGUGGUGGUACUUUAGGAUGGUAAUUUUUUGAUUUUCUCGGGAGUUUUUCUCAAUAUGUUGGAAAAACCGAAAAAAACGGGAGAACGGGAAAAUGGGUACAGUAUUAAACAAAUAUUAUUAAAGAAAAUGUUUAAUGCAUAUGUAAUCAUUUUACCAUAAUAUGACAUAUAUAUUGUUGACAAAGCAAUACUAUCAACUGAAAUCUGCUCAGAAUCGUUUUUUCGUUAGUAAUGGUUUAUCGUUGUUUAUAGAUAUUAAAUUCUUGUAUGUAUUCUACCUUCCUAAUUUCCCUCCUAAAACAGUGGCUGCACACACGAACGAAGUAUGUCCGUCUUUUUUAUCAUGAACACUAGUAAUAAUAACACUCAUAAUUAUCUCGAAAGAUUUUAAGUGAAUUUGGUUUCUAUUUUUCUUUAAUCUUUAGAAAAUCGUUUAAGAUUUAUUUUAAAAUCCAUUUUAUAUUCUUAAUUCAUAUACUUUAAAUAAGAAUAUAUUUUGUUUUUCAAAUGGGAAUUUAUUAAAUUAUUGAUGAACUGGCAAAAAAAAAAAGUCGUUCACUUAUUUUAUUAAAAAUAUCUCUUAAUUUAUAUUUAUAAUAAUAAUAGAAUAAUAUAAUUAUUACCUAAUUCAUAUUCUAUAUGCAUUUUUUAUAAUUUUAUAAUAUCACUUAUUUUUUAGAAAAAUGUUAACCACCUCCCUCCCCUAUCGUAUACAAUUUGAAAAUAGGCCGCUGAUUAAAAUACUUUAUGAAACCAAUAAAACUUAUAAUUCCAAUAAAUUAUAAAUUAUUAAACCAAUUUUUUCUCGUUAUUAUAGGAUAUAUUCACGACACUCGUCGACGCUCAAUGGCGAUGGACAUUAUUGGUGUUUGCAAUGAACUUUAUGCUCAGCUGGUUGGGUUUUGCGGUCGUAUGGUGGCUCAUAGCCCUGAAUCAUGGCGAUCUGGAUCUAUCGGUAAGGGACAACAACUCGACGUGGGAACCAUGUGUCCGAGAAGUGUACUCGUUUACUUCGUGUUUUUUGUUCAGCGUAGAGACCCAGCACACAAUAGGUAAGACCGCGUAUAAGCUGUAGCUAGACCGUAGAUAAUAAUAUUGUUCUAUGCGGAAAAUAUGAUUUUCAUGUAUACUUGAAUGUAAUACUUUUUUUUCAAAAGUUAGUAUUCUGAGUGGAACUAAGUUCAACUACAAUUCUUGCUAUAAAAAUUUUAAUCGUGAAAUAGUUUACACGUUUUCGUGGUUAUUUUCACGAGUGUUGGUCAAAAUUGACGCACAUAAAUCGAAUAUAAAUGAAUAAAAAAAAUGCUUCAAAUAGCUAUAGUCAUAGGUUUUUUCUCUGGGUUUCCCUAUUUUUAGUAAAAGUACAUGGAAUUAAAAAAUUAAAAAACAAUGACCACUUCACUGCACCGAGUAAAUCUAAAAUGUUGUAUAUAAAAAAAAGCUUCUACAUAUGAAGUUUUUGAUUUUCAACGAACCCAAAAUUAUAAAAAUUAAUUUAAUUGAUAUAAAUUAAAUUAAAAACAAAUAUAAUUUUGUAUGACUCACCGGAUAUUUUCUUGAGAAUGAACACCGGUUCAAUCCAGGCCUGCAGACAGGAAAAAAAUCCAAUAAAUCCAAUACCUACACGUUGAUCCAUUCCGCUCGUAAACUAAUAAUGUUCUUUUCGAAGCAUGACUAUUCUUUAUGAUGUUUUCACACUCAACUAUCGUUGACAGAUUAGUAUUUUCAACUUUUUUCGCCUCACGAACGCCAUAAUAUUAAUUAUACAGUAUAUUAUUAUAUAAUACGACUUGUUUACGCACUAUAUGUCAGGUUAUGGUUCCAAACACACGACCGAAGAAUGUCCUCAAGCAAUAUUCAUUAUGUGUCUGCAGAGUAUAGUAGGCGUCAUGAUCCAGGCAUUUAUGGUGGGCGUUGUGUUCGCCAAGUUGUCCAGGCCGAAAAAACGGACGCAAACACUUCUGUUUAGCAGAAACGCCGUUAUCUGUCAGAGGGACGGCAUUUUGUGUCUCAUGUUCCGCGUGGGUGACAUGCGAAAAUCGCAUAUUAUUGAGGCGCAUGUCAGGGCACAAUUAAUAAAGAAAAAAGUGAGCAUUAUAUUUUCGUUAUAGGUUUAGCUAAUUAAAUAAAUUAUAUAAAUCAUAUUAUAGCAAAAAUGGUGAAAUAUACAAAGCCGAUGAGAAACUCUAUAGAUACGACUUUCACAAGGUUACAAAAACGAAUAACUUUGUAUAUUUAAAUUUUAUUUUUCGAUUGAUUUUGGGUAACUAAUUGGUUAAUUUUUUUGCUAUUUUAAAACGAGUUUAAGUGGGUUGUUUUUUUUUGACAAUUUAAGUAACAAGCAGCUCUAAAAUGUUACACUUGCGUUAUUCAUAUUUUUGGAAGUGAAACGACUUCCUACUUUUGGUUUUAAAAUAUCAGCUUAUAUUAAAAAUUCCAUAAGGUAUUAGUUUAAAUACAUUUUGGUGAUGACAUUUUUACUAUAAUAAUUAAUAGUUAAAUAAUAAAAAAAUAAUAGACUUUUUUUACUUUUACUAUAAUCAAACAAAUUUGGAGGUAACAGUUGCAAAAUAUUUAUUGUUAUACAAUUUCAUAGAUCACUAAUUGUCAUUAUAUUUAAAAUUGAAAAUGAAACAGUUAUACCAAAUAUUCGUUUUACAGUAAUGUAAAAUAUGAGUUAAUAAGAUCAUAGCAUACAUUCAAAAAAUUAGAACAAACUCAACAUUAGCACCAGACUUAAAAAUAUAAUACAAUUUAAAAAUUAUAUUAAUACAUAGUAUUCUAACUUGAAUUUAGUAGGUAAUAAUAAAUAGGUAACAAUACCAACUAAAUGAAGACAUUUUAAUUGCAUUAAACAUUAGUUAAAUAAACACUAAUACAAACACAUAUUAAAGUAGUACGUAAUUUAAACAUAAUUGUUUAUUUUAAAACAUUGAAAUUAUAAUAAUUAAAGGGUGGGGGCAAAUUCGUGAUUUUGUUUACGUUUUUUUUUCAAAUGAAUGGACUUUUUUUAAAUUAAUGGAUUAAGUGUGGUAACCAAAUUUUUAAGUAUUAAAUACUGAUGUUAAUGGAAUUAUGAUAUAACAGCUGAUUGAAUUUGAUUUUAGUCAAAUUAGUUAAUUAGUUAAUUAGUUAAUGAAUAUAGGACAAAAAUAAUUAAUUAGACACAAAGUACAAUACUUAAUUAUCAAUAUUGUCACUUUAGGUCAUAUGAUAUUUAAUUAGGUAAUUAUUUAUAACUACUGGUCUUUUAAAACAAAAAAAUACUACAUAAUUAUUAAAUAUAAUUUGUGUAGCAGUACAACACGUGGCCUUUUAAUAGUGCUCCACUACUCCCUUCCAACCCAAACCUUCAAAUAUUUAAAACCUGGAAUAUCUCCUAGACGGGUUGACGGAAAUCAAAAAUUUCAUCACCAAAAUUCAUUUCAAAUACUCUAUUUGUUUAUGAAAUUUGUAAUAUAAGUUUACAUUUUAAAAUCAAAAGUAGAUAGUCGUUUAGUUGUCAAAAAAUUGAGUUGAAAAAAAAUAAUGUACCUAAUUUUUAUAAAUGUAAUAUUUUAGGACUGUUUGUUUCUUAAAAUGUCAAAAAAAAAAAAAUGUUUUUGAAAAAAGUAAAUACUUUCCGAGAUAUUGAGUAUCCCUUAAGUAGAUCACCUUGUACAAAAAAGUAUUAUAAAAACAAUUUUUCGGAAAAAGUGCUGACAUCUUAGAUUUUUAAUAUUGCAUUAUUUAAAAAUUAUUAUUGUAAAGGACGGCCGUUUUGUGCGGUUCCAACAUUUUCCAUUUCUUUUUUUAAUUGCUUUUAAUUCUUCUUCUUUCUUGGUUUCGGCCAUUCAAGACCAUACCUCUAGAUAAACAUACUGCCACCUAUCCCUAUCCUCUGCUACUUCCUGCCAAUGACACUCCGGCUCCACUGUUUCAGUGUCUCUCCUAACGCAAUCCUCCCAUCUUAGACGCGGUCCUCCAAGAGGUCUCCUCCCUACUGAGUUUUCCUCUAUUACUCUUCUUAUUAAUGAGUCAUGUUUCCUCCAGGCAUGUCCAGCCCAAACUAGCCUUCUUUUUCUUAUCUCUUUCAGUAUCUCCGGUCGUUGAAAAAGGGAUUGCAGUUCUUCAUUGUGUAAUUUAAUUGCUUUUAAUUAUUAUACAUAUUAAAGUACAAUUAUUCAUUAAUAAUAAAAAGUCAUACUUUUAAAGCGAAAUUAUGUAGGAAAUUAAUUUAAGUUCGGAAAUUGUAGCGUUCUACCUAAACAUUUUUUAAUUUGUCUUAGAAAACUUUACAAACUUAUGAUAUGAAAGUUUUUCCUUUUUGAAGCGUGUAUAUAUAUAAUAGAGCAUAUCUUUGGUGCCAGGAAAAUUGGUUUAAGUUAAUUUAAUAUAGUUAAAAAUAAGAAGGAAAAAAAUUAAAUUACACCAAACUAAAAAAUAUGCCAGCAAUUGGCUUAAGCUCUUCUUUCCUGAGAUCAAAGAUAUAUUGUCAAUGUUUUAAUCUCUGAAAAAAAAAAAAUGUCUUUCCACGUUAAAUUUAUAAUAUUUUUUAGAUGACAAUAGAAGGUGAGCUGUUACCGUUCCAUCAACAGGAACUAAAAGUCGGUGGGGAUGGCGAAGAAGACAGGAUAUUCUUUAUAUGGCCCACGACUAUCGUGCAUAAAAUCACUCCGGAGUCACCGUUAUACAUGCUUUCAGCGGCCGAUUUCUUGCAAGAAAAAUUUGAAAUCGUCGUCGUCCUAGAAGGUAACUAUAUGAUCUAAUAUUUUUGAGAUUAUGAAUACGAGUACAAGACUGUAUUUCUUUGUAAAUUGUAGACUGUAUAACAAGUUCGGUUUAAAAUGUUCAAUGACUAGUUAUAUAUGUUGCUCGCUUUUGGCUCCCACUUUUCUUUUCAGUAUAGAAAGUACAAACCACCUAAUUGUUCUUAUAAGUAUACCUGGUCUGUUAUUUAUAUAUUUGGUCACAAGAAAGAGAGCCUUAAGUCAAUGUUGUGUUCAAUACAAGCAAAUUAAUUUUUUUUAAAUGCAUACAUGUGUACAUAAAUAAAUACACUAAUAAUUAAUAUACAUACACUUAUGUAAUUUAGACUAACAAAUAAAAGAAUACAAUUACAUUAGACAAAAUGAUAUAAAAUUAAUAAAAGGCAAAAAUUAACUUAAGCCUUUCUCUCCUGAUAUCAAAGAUACCGAAAGUAAGCGGUUCUUCCCUUGAAUGAAAUUCUCUUUUGUAAUUAAUUUUAACAGAUACUGUUUGUUUUUGAAACACGUAUCAAUAAUAACGUAGGAUAACGAUUUUGUUUUGAUCGCUGGUUUUACAACACGAUGAAAAUCACAAUUCUGUUUACAGGUGUAAUUGAAUCGACGGGAAUGACAACGCAGGCCAGGUCGUCGUAUUUGCCCAACGAAAUACUCUGGGGACAUAGGUUCGAGACACUGGUCUCGUUCAAAAAAGAAACGGGCGAACACGAAGUGGAUUAUAGUUUAUUCAAUAACACUUACGUAGUAGACACGCCGCUUUGCAGUGCGCACGAUCUGAAAAAGCUCAUCUCGCUUCGGGCUCAUACUGGUAAAAUUGACGAUUCCUUUUUAGAGAAAAAGAAAAAAAUUAACCUCUUUAUACAGCUUUUUAACGUGCCUUUUAAUUACGUUACAUGAUGAGCGAUAUUGUGAAUUGUUUUGUUUUUAAUUACUGUUGUCUUAUAUCAUACAUAUAUAAAUAUUUUUUUUUAUAAACCAUCAUGGUUGCUUACCGAUAAUAUACUCACACUCUUAAUGAGGGGAUUUUUUAGUUUUUUUUUUUUUUAGUAGCUAUUCAUAUACGCACGCAUUGAUGAUAAUAACAAUAACUAUAUGUAGGUUCCUAUUCAGUUAUAAUUUUCGACGAUUUCGGUAUUUUAUAUAUUAUAUAAAGUUUUCUAAUAAUAUGCAUAGUAGCAUUGAUUAUAUACACUCAAUGGUAGGUAGUAGAUACGUAAUCUAAUAUACAGUUUAAUUACUAUUCGUUUUUCAAUUAUUUGUGUCAUUUUAUUAAUAUUAUUAUGGCAGUGUCGAUAAGGUUAAGUAUAAUAAAAAAUAAUUUAUAUUAUGUAAUAAAAGUAUACGAUACCUAUCUUUUAAAAAAUAAAAUCUUUUUUUAGGGACUUAAUUUGUGAAAUACAAACAUACAUUUUGUUUUCUAUGAAUCGUCCAAAUUAUAUUACUUAUAUAUAUAUUUUCAAAAAAAAAAAUAUAUAUAUAUAUAUAUACAUAUAUAAUAAUAAUAUAAUAUCUUGCCUAAAUCACAAUUCUCAUAGGUAUAUUUACUGUAUAAUAUUUAUAUUAUUUACGUUUUACUUUGUGUACUUAUAUAGUGUCAAUCGAUCUUGUCAAUAUUUUAAUUUAUUUGUUAAAAAGUUACCAAUUUACGUUUUUUUUAAAUUAUUAUAUUUAAUAUAGUAAUAGUAAUUUUGUUUUAAGUAAAUAUAAUAAAACACAUAUGAAUAAUACGGGGUUUUAGUAACUUUUAUACAUACCUAAACCUAAUUUAAAUUUUGUAAUUAUUGUUUUUGUUACUUGAAUUACUAAACACACAUAUAAUCAAAAAACUGUAGUCGUCUAUAUUAAAUUUAAUUUCAGAUAUGCUUAUAUGUGACGUUUUGAAUAACACCUAUUUAAUUAUAGGUACUAAAUAAAAUACAAAAAUGUAGUCAAUCCAAUAGAAAUACAGAUAUACCUAUGCUCUAUUGUUGAUAAUGCUGCCGUAUGAAAAUAUAUUAAGUGAAAAAAAGAAUAUUUUAUUAAUUUCAUUUGAUAAUAAAGAUGGGGAAGCAUACCUAAUUUAUAUUUCAUAGUCGCAUUUUAAAUUCGAUAAAUAUCGACACACAAUAAUAUUAGAACUCACGUAUGAAAUAUAUGAUUAAAAAACCCCUCCUCCCCUCUUUUUGAUAUGGAGUAUUUUAUUUGUAAUCUUCAGUUAUUUUGCUGAGAGUAUUAAAAAAUGUGUACACAAAAUGCACAUUUUGAACGCUUUACUCAAACGUUUUUCACGGCUGCAUGUAUAAUAAUAUUAUCAUUUAUUUAAGUAACCAUAAUAAUAUAUAACUUUAAGUAAAAAUGAACUGGAAAUAUCUCAUAAUUAUGAUUUAAUGUUUUCGAUAAUCCAUUUGAAUUGUCAAAAUUUGCACCACACGACCACAAGCAAUCACGAAAUCCAAUCGAAAUAUCUCAUGGCCAGUGGCGGUGGUGGACGUGAGUAUAUAGGAAAAUUUUUACGCAGCUUCGUCUCCAAUGAAAAUGGUAGAGAAAUCGACAUCUGUUCGAUAUAAAAAUCAAUGGUCAUUAUCAUAGUAAUAUAACAAUCACUAAUAUACACUUAUCAGUCAAAAUUCCCAUAAAAGAGUAUUAAAUUAUUACACCAUUAAAAUGUCAUUAAAACAUCAUUAAAAGAGGAGCAUAAAAAUUAAUGCUCGUUAUCACACGAUUACUGAUUUAUGAUAAUUUAUUUUAAAAUAUUUUAUAAUAAUUAACAUAACUUAUCAAGUUUACAAUGAACAAGUCACACGAAUAUCGUCGAAUAAAAUAUCUUAUUUUAUUUUUCUUAAUGUGUUUUGAAAUUUAUUAUUUUUUUUUUUUUAAUGAAUAUACAUUGUAGGUGGGUGUUGAAAAAUUAGUUUACGUCACCAAAAAUAAUAAUAAUUAUUGUUCACUCCGCUGCCGCUGCAGGGCCAGUAUUUCAGACGCGAGUAUAUACUCGUAUAGUCACAGCACGUGGCACAACGCUGUUUUAAACGUCGGUGUUUCACGAGCAAAAAAAAUAAGGAAACUCGCAUUACACAAAAUGUCUUAAAACAACUUAAAAUAACACGUAUACGGUCAUCAGUGUCAUAUUUAAGAUUCUAAUUAGGGAGGGAUAAGCAUGAGCAGAAAUUAUAUAGGCCCGAAGGUGAUUGCACUUGCCUACAAUAUUAUUAUAACUACUCAUAUAGAUUGAUAAAAUUAAUUUUUACAAACAAAUAAACAAUUGUAAAGUAGUUCUUAUUUAUACUAUUUCCGUAAGCUAUUUUAUUUGUUUAUUAUCGGAGAUUAUUUCUUUUUUUUCUUUUGCUCAUAAAUCAAUCCUUGGCCCUUUUUUUCUCUAUAUAAACUUAGUUUAACGACCAAAAACACUAACUCGAUCAUGAAUCGACUUAAAAACCAGUUUUGUUUUUUUGUUUUUUUAGAAUUUCAUUGGAACUGCUUAAAAUUGUAGUUUUAAAAAAAAGCCCCUUUUAUUAUUAAUAGCGCGUUUUUAUCACACAAAAUCCCGGUUUCACCACUGCACUUCAUUCACCCACGCCUAACUCUAUAUUAGUUAUACAUCCACCUCCAAAUUAAUUCCUCUAUUCUCUUGCGCGCUACUGAACCUAAAUACACAGAAUUGCUCGACUAGAUUUCUCGUUUUAUAGAAUAAACCUAACCUGCGUAAGUACGGAAAUUGCAUAAAAACCAAAAUGCAUCCCUAAAGAAGGGGACAUAAAAUAUUAUCCCUCACUUCCCCACCGUCGUUUACCGGUCGAUCCGUGCAACGAAAGCCGUAACUUAAAGGGGCUAACUUAUAUCGGAAACUGUGUCAUUGUCGGUUUACUUUCAGAGAUGCACCACAUGCAACCGCUGGACAGCUGCACCAACUACUGCAGCGAACAAUCGGACACGGCAACGUCCGGGUCCCGGACUUACAGGCCCCGGAGCGAGCUACACGACAAGCAGUUGUCCACCAGUGACCUGAUGAUGGCCCAGCUGGAACCGUUUCUCAUCAAUCCCGGCGAACUGCCCGGACCCGAAUCAUUCCUGUGACGAAGAAUGAUCGCCAUUGCCUGCCGUCGCCGGGCCUCAUCUAUCAUAUUAUUAAUAUUCCACUACCGAAAAAUUAUUGUGAUCUUAUUAGACGUUAUUCAUUAUUAUUAUAGUAUUAUAAUUUAUAAUUAUUAUUAUAUUGUAUACCUACUUUGGGUUUUAAACAAAAUCCAUGUAGUUAAUUUUAUGUCCGUGACCCUAUACAAUAAUGUGAUAUUAGUUAACAAAUUUAUAGAUACGGUUUACCACAUACUGGGUGGUUCUUUAAUCGUGGUAUACAUAUUAUAAGCCGACGAAUAUUUUGAGCUAAUUUGAUUUUUGGUUUAUUUUUCUUCGGCCAUUUCCAAAUUCAAACUGUGUACUCAAAAUCCUCACCGGUUCAUAUAUUAUUAUGAUCAAAUAAUCACUCUAUAUAUAUUAAUAAUUAUGUACACGUCCGCAAACAGUUAGGUGUUUUUUUUAGUUUUUUGACGACCAGGACACUUUAUCCGACCUGACGGUCCUUUCCGCAACGAUGUCCGCUUAUAGUUUAUACAAUAUAUAUUUUUCUUUUAUUAUUAUUAUUUUUUUUUUUUUAGUAAUUAUUAUUAUAUAAUUUAUAACAUGUUAUACAUAGAUGGUGUCCUACUAUGUUAUUCGUAUGCUAAUAAUUUUAUUAAUAUCAAUUUAUUUUUAAAAUCGGGUUUUAUGUCAGGAGGACACAGGGAUUUUUAAGGGAUUUUUCAUCCCAAACAAAAAAAAAAUUUUUUU